CCCCUCAUCCCAUAGGAUCCUAAAACAGGGAACAUAUAAUAAAAUCCAUAUAACAAUGUAAACAUCAUUUUAAAAAUCACAUUUAAUCAAGCAAUUCAAAACAAUUCAAUUUGCCAACUUCCCACAAAUGCUUGUGAGCACAAGUGUGUCUAAGGCCAUUGUUUGAACACUGUCAGUGAGGGAGACAGCCGCAUCUCCAUAGGCCGGGAGUUCCACAAAUGGGGGGCACCACAAGGAAGACCCUACCCCUAGCUGAUUUUUUUGUGGCAAGAUGUUAAAUAGCCUGUACACUAAAAGAAAGAUCUUGUUUGUUGCACCCUCAGAUGAAAAUAGCAUCCAUAGCAAGGCCUCCUCUGAAGACCAAAGUGUGUGGGCAGAUUCAUAUGGGCAGAAAUAGUAGCCCUCCAACUUCCAAACUGUCCAGGCCCGGAAAAGGGGUAACAACCACACUUUGAACCGGGCCCAGGAAGAAAUCCAAAACUGGCGAAGAAUGCACAGUAUCAGUAUGGCAUGACUGCUGCAUUUUGCAUCAACUAAAAGGCUUCUGGGCACUUUUCAGAACCGUUCCGCCACAUACUGCACAUACCAUGACCUAAAUAUGAAAGGCAAACAAGAAACCUGUUACUGCAGCAAGAUCCAUCUUCAGAAAAAGGCCAGUUGGUGCAUUUGUUGGAAUCUGGAGCAAAGCUGAAUCCGGGAGCAGUCCAAAAAACAACUGCACCCAGUGUGUCCAACAGAAAUAUCUCCCAAAGUGUCUUGUCUGGAUUACACCUUUCCCCAACCUCCCUUUUGCCCCAUAUCCCAUCUCUCACUGGCUUCAACAUUAACAGUAUAGAUAUAAGACUCAAGCACAGGAUGGGGCAUCCCAAGCCAAGGCGCGUUUAUAUGAUCCAUAAACCAAACUCCCACAAACUUCCAUGAGUUUAUCUACUCGGGAGGAGGAGUCGCAGCGGCGCGCGAAGGGCGCGUUAGAUCCGCUCCUGAAAUAAUUGCGGACUUGGGACUACUGCUGUAACCGUUUGCAAGUGCGGGUGAAGAAGGAAAGAGCUGAGGGGAAGAGAAAAAAAAGGCUGGUCCCUCGGGGUGAAUUAUUUACUCGAAGGCAAAAGGAGGUGCGUUGUGGGGAAGAGUCUGAGGGGGAAAGCGGAAAGCGAGGCCGGCAGGGGGCCUCCUCCUCCUCCUCCUCCUCCGCAAAGAGCGUAGCCCCGCCAGGCCGCCGGGCAGGCGAAGCCGGAGCCCUUGCGAGCGUGAGGAGGAACGGCUGAGGAGAAGGAGGAGGCGCUUCAGCGGCCGUCAUUUCCGCCGUGUAUGUGUGUGUGUGGAGUCGGGGAGGGCAGGCGGACAAGCGGAAAGAAAGGAGGCAGGACCCGGAGGAGCCCUCGCCGCCUCCGACUUAGAGGCCGCCCGGAGCCCCCUUACUAGAGCGAGGGGGAGAGAAGCCGAAGGCCGAGCGCUGAGGGGAAAGACCGAAGCGGCGACGCCACACUCCUUCCUUCUUCGCGUCUUGCCGGCUCCACAGAAGCCGCUCGGGAUUCCCGCCCUUCUCCCUCCCUCCCUUUCUUCCCCCCGCUGGACGGACGGAGCAGCCCGCCGGCCUCCCGGCCAUGGGGAACGCCGCCACCGCCAAGAAGGGCAACGAGAUCGAGAGCGGUGAGUUGGAAGCGGACGACAAAGACCGGGGGGGAGGCAGGCCGGCUCUCUGCCGCCGCCCGGCUGCUGCUCCUCCUCUCGCCAAGGUGCACCGGGACGGGCCGUGGCAGCAGCAAGGCCCUGCGGCCUAGUCUGGCGGGCUGCGGCACUGGCGGCAACCGGUGCGGCAGGCCGGCCGGCCCGCUCGCUGUGCCCCUUUGGCGUGGGGGUUCUGGGGAAACUGCUGCAGCCACAUCCCGCCCCGGGGGCUUAGGAGUAAGCGGGUUAACCGGUCCCCUCGCAAGGCUCAGAGGGGGCAGAUGCAGAGCCCCACUCCCCGGGGGGGGGGUGCAGAGGAGCUCCGUGGACGCCCCGCACCCGGAGGCCGCUGCUGCUGCUGCGUGUCCCCGGCAUCCCUACCUAGGUGCAUCCCUCCGCUUAGGCCGGCCUAGUCCCAACCCGGAGGAGGCCAAUGAAUGGGAGCGGGUGGGGUCUACUCCUCCCGCCCCAAUAGCUCUUGGUAAAACUCUUGGCCCUCGUCGUCGGAAGAAAAGCUUUUCUCUCGGCAACCUUGGGGUGAGGGGUGGGGGUCGGGGCAAAGCUCGGGUGCAAACUGUGAUUUGUUUGGCGCUUGUGUGUUUUCUCCUCUUUUCUCUCCGCCUCUUCCUUCCUUACCCCACCCCCCCAACAGAAAAAAAGGCUGCUGUAGAAAACUCCCUAACCUUUCCCUCUUAUAGUUUUUGUUCUCUGCUGUUGUGGAAACAGUUUAUUCCGAGCUCCUCCUGCUUAGGAGAAGCAGUCUUCUGUUGCAGCAUGUUAAUGUGUUUUGAAACCUCUCUCUACAGAAAGCGAAAGAGACCUAACGCUAGUAAACGAUUAUUAAUAUUAUUUUGUCGUGCAGGAUCUUGGUAAGAAGCAUUUUGUUUGGGAUUGAGAACAUAGCGUAAAAGAACACAAGCAAAGCAUUUAAGCAAUUGCUGGCACUUCACAUUGGAGAUUAAGGCCUUGCUAACAUACUUACUUGGGAGUAAGUCCCAUUGAAUUCAAUCAGGCUUUUAAGUAGAUGUGUUUAAGAUUAUGAGGUGGAUUACUAAUAUGAACUCUUGAGGUUUUGAGUGUUUAUUUCUAUUUGCAUGUCUGCAGUAGAAAUGAUUUGGAGUGUUUUUGAUCCUCAGCAAUUUUUGAGAUGGGCAACUUUUAUUCGUUAGCAUCUGUCUCCUUUUGUAGUUAGACAAGUAAUUUUACAUAAAGAUGGUUUUGGUUUCAUAAAAUAUGGUUCCUCAGAAUAAAGCCCUAAAUGUUGCUUAGUCAAGAGAUGGGGAACCUAUGACCCUCCAGAUGUUGAACUAAAACUCCCAUCAGCCCCAGUCAACAUGACCAGUGGCCAGGGAUAAUGGUAGUUGUAGUCUAACACCUGCAGGGCCACUGUUGCCCACCCUGAUGUAGUCAAAUAAAAUAAAAUCCUUUCCAUUGAAUAAUCAAAAGCUUAAACCAAUUUUAAAAAUAAGCAAAUCUAGAGAGAGAGAUGCAUGCUUAAAAUGUAGAAUCCUGUGCAUGCACCAUGAAAUUCAGUUGAACUAACUUCUGGUUAAGUGUGUACAGUGCUGAAGCUUUCAUCCUAACUUUGAGGCCCUGAGGCCUUCAUUGUGUUUGAUUUCAGUGGGAUUUAAGUUGCCUCCACCAGUUAAUAGCAUCUCCAGAAGGUGCUUGUUCAGCUGUAACACUGUGCAAAAGUGGGGUGGGAGAAAAGUAGCUUGUUGGGUACUACUGGUCUGAGAAUGCCACACUGUAAUGCCUGUGUUCAGAAUGGGCUGUCAUGUUGAUGCAGUGUAAACUGAUAGUAUGCAUAGGAAUAGUUUUCUUGUCCAUCGGUGGUUUCUGGUAUGCUGAAUCAAUGCAUACCUGACAUUUGAAAAAGCCUCUGGCUUCAAACCUGUUUCCUGGGAGGAGAGACUCACUUUGGGGCUUUAGUCUAACCUACCUUCCCUGCCAUGCUGCCUCUUCGCGUGGCGUCAGUGAUGGUCCUGGUGAACUGUGGCGCCACAGGCCCUUAGUCUUACUUUGACAGCAGGGGUAGCCAAAGUGGCGUCAUUUUGUUGGACUAUGACUUCCCUGACAAUUGAUCGUGCUGGUUGAGGCUGAUGGGAAUUGUAGUCCAAAUACCUUUGGCGGGUACCAUCUUGGCUAUCCCUGCAUUUGUGAAUCAGGCAGCAUAUUCUUGCUCAACCCUCUGGGCACAGUUCUGCUUCUGCUGAGCGUAUUCUGUGUGCCUGGGGUGGGUGACAUUCACUUUGCCUUCAAGUGAAUGACCUGCAGCAUUGUAGUAUGUUUGGGACAGCUCUAGGCUGUUGCAUGUGUACUCUAUAGGGAGUUAGGCAUCAUUUUAAAUACGCUUGGUCCCUGUGAGGAUUCUCUCUCCUCACUCUAUCCUGUGGUGUGCAGGUCUGUGAUUUCCAGAACAUUUUCUAACACAUGCCCAAAUCUAGCAUGGAUUUUACUUGUUCUGCAUCACAACACACCCCUUUCAUAUCAACAGUGUCAAAUUGUAGUAAAAAUGCACACGUCAGAUUUGUUAACUUGUCAGAUCUGUAGCAACUGUCAGGAAUGCAAAAUAAGGCAGUGGUAGCAAUAUUGCGCUGUCUCAAAGACGCUUUCUAGAACUGUGAAUUUGUAGAGGGUUGAGAACAAAAGGAAGUACCACUGCAGCGAGAGGGGUUGAGGGAUUCUCAGAAUAUGAAGACUUGUGAAUGCUUUGCAAGCGUUGAAACAGAGGUUUUUCUGCUAUCUGAUACAGUGACUGUUGCAGUUUGCAUUGUUAUAGAACUACUCAUCCUUGUCAAAAUAGCUGCCUGAGGAAACAAAUCUUACAAAUUUUUGUUAUAAGUUUACACAACAUGUUAGAAAGGCUACAAGUUUUGAAUAAGUUCUGUAAACUGACAGUGGAAGCGGGGGAGGGCAGUGAUUACUUUUAAUCCAUGUCCUUUAUAUAUUAACAUCUACUGAAAGCUGUGAUUGUAAAGAUCAAGGCCAUGCUACAGUAGCCGAAAGACAAUGAACAGUGACUUUAUUUGUAGUCUACUUUAUAUUUGCACAUAAAGUGUUUGAGAGCUCUUACUGCAACUGUGGUCAAUGUUAAACGGAAACAAUAUAAUUGUAGCACUUAGUAGUAAAGCCUCAUAUAAUGGUAUCUUAUUGUGUGUUGCUGAACUUUUAUCACCCAUGGUGCAUUUAGUAUGGCUCUGGAAUAUUUUUAGUAGUGGUGGUUAUCUAUUUAUUUCUUCAAACUUUAUAGCGUUAGUAGAAGAAUGCAAUCCUUUUUUUACUUUAGUUCUGGAUAUGGAUGCAUGUUCUAUGUUGUGUAAAGGUAAAGGUACCCCUGCCCGUACGGGCCAGUCAUGACAGACUCUAGGGUUGUGCGCUUAUCUCACUCUAGAGGCCGGGAGCCAGCGCUGUCCGCAGACACUUCCGCGUCAUGUGGCCAGCGUGACGAAGCUGCUCUGGCGAGCCAGAGCCGCACACGGAAACUCCGUUUACCUUCCCGCUAGUAAGCGGUCCCUAUUUAUCUACUUGCACCCGAGGGUGCUUUCGAACGGCUAGGUUGGCAGGCGCUGGGACCGAGCAAUGGGAGCGCACCCCGUCGUGGGGAUUCGAACCGCCGACCAUGCGAUCGGCAAGUCCUAGGCGCUGAGGUUUUACCCACAGCGCCACCCGCGUCCCACUAUGUUGUGUAAGGUAAUGUCUAUUACAUAUUGUACUUGAACAUAGAAAAAUAAUUUCUUUGCUAAACAGUCUUAAAGCAAUAUUGCCAUUAUGCAUCUGAACAAAGUUCCAAUUAAGUUCAAUUGAUAUUGGUGGGACCUGCUUCAGCACUUCUAAAAGGGGGCUUUGCCUUUGAGGUCUAGGAUGUUGGGUCUGAGCAGAAACUACAUUUACAAGUACUAUUUAAAGGAAAACUUUCUGCGACUCAGUGAAUACUUUUUAAAAAGAGGGAUCCUAACUGGAAUUAGAAAUGUCAUUGCCUUUAAAAUACUGUCCAGAUAAGUAGCAGUAUUAGUCUGUGGCAUCAGAAAGCACAGUUAUGCAUUGUUAGAAACUCAGAUAUAUAAGCUAGACACCAAAUGGCUCCUUAAACUAGGAGUACAGUUUUCAAAACAAUGCCUAGUUGUCAUUUUGGGGCCAGACAGCUUGAAAUUUAUAUUUUUCAAUACAACUUUUUAGUUCUUGAAAUUCAUUCUGAUUUUGCAGAUAAAAUCUAGCAGAUAGAAUUCUACCGGAUGUGUUGCUAGUGUGUGAAAACAGUCAAGACCCAAGGCAUGCACCUCUAGAUGGUGGAGACGUCAGGGGCCAUCCUGGCACCUGGGCGUCCUCUCUGGGUCGCAAGUGGCCAGUAGUCAGGUGCAAAAUGCGCCUGGCACCUGGUGAAUUUCAAAUGCUGGUUACAUGGUACUUUUGAAAGAAACACAUUUAUUAUAGCACAAGCUUUUCUGAAUUACAGUCCACUCCAUGCAAUUGAUGAAGUAAACUGUAGUCUAUAGAAGCUUAUACCAACAUAAUUUUGUUAGUCUUUAAGAUACCAGAAGACUGUUGUUUAAAAAUACUGGGUGCUUCUUAAAAGAAAAUGAGAUAGAAUCAUAGAGUAAUUGAAUUGUAGAGUUGGAAGGGACCCUUAGGGUAAUCUAGUCCAACCCUUUGCAGUGUUUAAUUGAUAGAUGAUUUGGAAUAUAUAGAGUUAUCGUUUUGAGAUAAUGAACUAGAUCUUAUUCCAGAAGACACCUUUCCUGUUCUAGAAUUGCUUUCUUGAUGCACACAGUGCUUACAAUUUUUGUUAUAUCAUGGAGUUUGGGUCACAAACCUUUUCACACAAAAUAAAAAUUAUAUAGGACUACAAGUGAGGACAGCAAGAAAACUUGAUGGGUGAAGGGAGUGAAUGAAAUACCAGAAGAAUUCAUCACUCCCAGUACUCUUCUUUUCCCCACCCCACACUGGCCUUCUGAAAACUAGGUGCAGAGUAGGAAGUAUAUUGAAAGUGCUGCAAAACAAACCAGUAUUGCUAGAGUGAAUUGUAUCCUACAACUCCAGGAAGCCUAUCCUGCACUAUCCAGAAGGUAUUUUUCCUUGUGCCAUCAAAGGAAGUAGCCAGACUCCUGGAUAGCUCAUGGUGCUGAUAAUGCCAAGGUUGCAGACUUGAUCCCUGUAUGGAGCAGCUACAUAUUCCUGCAUUGCAGAAGGUUGGGGUAGAUGAUCCUCAGGGUCCCUUCCAAUUCUGUGAUUGUAUUAUCUAUGCACCUUGAGAGGAGGGGAGAAGGGGCCUAAUAAAGAAACUAGAGAAGGACCAGGAAAGUGUGGGUAGCCGAUUAUGCUUUCUCUCUAGCCUAUGUUCUUAUUUGCUCUCUCAUUCUUCUAGUGCUGCUGGGAUAGCUCUAGAGCGGUUGUGUAUUCAUCAUCACAUGCAUGCUAACUUUGGCCUCUUUGAGGAAGGAUAAAGUGGGGAAGUUUAUUCUCAUCACAUGUUUUGGCAUAACUCUAAAGUUUGUGCAAAUAGGGCAUAACUACCAGUAGUGGUGAUCUCUUCAUGGUUUGAUUUGGAAUUGGCUCAGUAGUUAUCUAUUUUCAAGUAACCUUUUCUCUUUUUUGUGGGGCAGAAAGUUCACCUGUUUUUGACCAUUUUCAUCUGUUUAGGUUAGUGGAUGUUUUCUGAUUACUCCAUGCACAAAGGAAGAAAUCAUUGACUUGCCUUUGUAACCUCCCUUUGCACAUGUUCCUGAACUACACAAACAGACUCAGGGACCAUAUUUCUCAAUUGGAAUAUUGCAUAGAUUUAGAAAAGCUUGCACUUUACUUAUUCUAGUUGUUAGCCUUCUAACGAUUUGGGAAAUGCUUAAAGCAAAUUUUAUUUGUCUUGUUGUUUUUUAAGAAUGAGCCAGGAAAGCAGCUUUAUACAUAUCCUCACAAGCCUUAAGCAUAGUUAUCUUCAAAACCACUGGGUGAUAUCCAGCUAAGCCAUACUCACUGAAACAAAUUGGCUUAAUUCAGUGGAUCUGCUCUGAGUAUGACUAACAUUGGAUAUCACCUUCUGCCUUGUUCUAACCUAUCUCUCUAUCCUUAUUUGCUGAUACAUCUAGUUCUUCCUCCAACACUGCCACCACCAGUAGCCCAAAUCCCUUAAACAUCUCUGCAUUUUUUCCAUUGCUGUGCCUGGAAUUUCUUUCCAGAACAAAUAUUUUCAAGUAAUUCUCUAGAGCUCACCAGUUCAGGAAAGUCCUUGCUUAACCCAUUCGUCUCCAUCCCUCAACUGUGCUUGCUCACAUUUCAUCCCUUGUUACUCUUGUUUCUUCCUCUGAACUCUCCCUACUCUCAAAAUAUAGAUUAUAAUUUAUUUGGGGACAAGGAUCUGUGAGUGCAUGACCUGGCAGAGAGGAAAUAAUCUUGGUCUAAUAAAUGAUGUUUUAUUAAAGAACAAAUCUAGUCCCCACAUUUUGGCUUUGUACCUGCCAUGACCCAGCUUUGGCACAUCUUUUGUGGUUUAUUUCUGUUACAACUGAACCACUAAAACUGGUUUGAUCUGUUUGCAAGCCAGGCUUUACUAGAUCUUGGUUUCAUCUUAUGGUCAGUAGGCAGAGAUUAAACCAAGUUUUCCAGCUGAAUGUAAUGGGAAACUUGCUUAGCAAACCCUAGAAGUGUUGUAUUAUGGUGUGAGAGGGGAGAAUGUGCAGACACAACUUCAUCUAACAAACUCUGGCUUAUUAGAUCAGGAUCAUUAUAUCUGAACCAAGCCUCUGUGUUUCCUUUUUUAUUUUUCUUCAAGGUAGGCUAGUACAUGAUUCUUACACCCAAGAUUAUUUGGAAUCUCCAAGAAACCAAAUUGUGAAGUUGUACAAAAAAUUACAUUACGUUUUUUAAAACAACAACGAUGUAACUUAAACACUAUAGUAAAAGAAAGUUCUGGCUUGUAUUUUCAGGCUGCUAUAACCUAAGAUGCUGUGACAUGUAGUCAACUAAAUUAUACUCACAGUUGACCCAUUGAAAUUAAUGGACCUAAAUUAGUCAGGACCAUUAAUUUCAAAGGGUCUUCUCUGAGUAUGACUAAUGUUGUAUACAACUCUGCAAAAAUAAGUGUUUUUUAAAUGUUAAUAAGCAUGUAAAUAGCCACUUGUCUGUGGUAAGAAUCUCCUUCAGAUGACCAGUCAGAGAAACUUCUUUAAAAUGGAAAAUUAAAAAAAAGGAAAAUUGCUUUUGCUCCAGCUGUUGAUGGUUCCACAAAUAAGUAACAUGGUAUGUGUGAGUAAAGGAGCUAGUGCUUCUUACUGUACAGCCCCAAACAACUUAGUACUAAGUUAAUUAGCAUCACCUUCCCUUAUGUAAAUGUACCUAUCCUUUAAGAUUGGAUGUUGAACCCCUCCUGCAUUUGGUGUUGCCGGCUAAGGCUAGGUGCGUGGUAACAGAUGAGAGAAACUGCUUUAUCUGUGGUAGUGUGGAACUCUCUGCCCCCUUGCUCUUUAUAUUAUCUUGGCACUAAGAAAGCUUUUAUUUUUAAACAUGCUCUUGAUUCUGUUGCUACUUAGUGCAUUGAUUGGUGCUGCUGUUGCUGCUUUUUGUGUUUUUGUUUUGCUUCUCUGUUUAAUUUAAUAUGUGUUUUUUUGGUUGUGUCAUUGUUGCUUUUCUGCUUACUCUUCAUGUGCAAGUCACUGAGCAACUCCUUUGUGGGGAAAAGUGGGGUUUUAAUUUAAAAAUAAUAAUAACAACAACUUCUGUGGGAUAGUAACUUUGGCGGACUUAUUGCCAAGGCUGCCCUUGGAAUACAAAUAACAAAAAAAAUGUGUAGUGUAAUCAAGAACAAAUAUUCUAAAACAUGAAAACCUUUGCACUGUAUUCAGUACACAACAGCAGAUUUUUGAAACGGGAAAUGCAUCUAAAACUUCAGUUCAUCAGAGCAUUAGAUUAAGCAUGUAUCCUAUACAUUUCAGUAAUAAAAAGAUACAGUUCACCAUGCAGACAGUUGCUGGGUUAUAAAAUAAUGUCUUAAAAGUUAAGUGUAUAAUUCUGAGAGGAAGUAACUAUAGUACCCAAUACUGAAGUUAGACACAUCCAGGUUCCAUGCUCAUGCAUCCUGCUAGAUUAGGGAAUUUCUGUGUUGGAAUUGUGGUCACUGGUAACUUUUCUGUGCAUCUGUGAACUCUGAACAGCUAUGAACUUUCUAAAAACACAGGGACCAAGUGCCUAAGGAUGGCAUCCACAGAUACUAGGUGAGCUUCCGAAUGUAUUCACUGAAUGUAUUCCAAGCUUCUUUUGUAAUGGUGUCUUGGAUUGAAAUAUUGCUCGUGCUUCUGUUGUUCCACUUCUGUGGAACAUGCUGAUUCCUAAAUGUUACCAUGUGCAGGCCUUGGACUGUCCAUAAGAUUCAAAUUCCUAAGCUGCAGUAGCAAUUGACUUGGUGUGCAGGCUACUGGAAGUUUUUCAGGCUUUCUUUUAGUGUUUUGUUGAAGCAUUACUUUUAGCUGCAGUUCAACACCGGCUGCAUGGAAUGAAAGCUGUACCCUACCACUGAACCACAGUGGACUGCUAUACUGGGACCUCUCAAUUCUGACAAAGAUCUGUUUGCUUUCCAUUCUGUGUAUGUGUGUGUAUCCUGUAAUAACUGGUGAUUGUGUGUGAAUAUCAUAGGAAUAAGUGUGUCCUAAAGGCAAUUGUGUGAAAUAUGUGAUUGCAUGAGAAUUUUAAAGACUGACAUACCCAAAUCUCUUGAUGGUCAUCCUGCUAACAUAAUGCUGUUAGUUAGGACUGCUUGAACUUCACCUCCACAGUUAUCAUAUACCUUUCAGACUCGAGGUGGCUUUCAGCAUAGUUAAAACAUUAAAACACAGCAUUAUGAAAGCAUUUUAUCAUUUUCCAUUCACAAAAUUUACAUUGAGCUUUUCUUGAAAUGGACGGGUCUUCUAAGCAUAAGUGUUUAAGAUUAGGGUGUAAGAUUUUGUAAAAAACAAAACAACCUUUCCGUUUCGCCACAGGCCAGAGAUUUGAUUGCAGUGUCAGUCUAGCAUAAAGCCAGUGGGUACAGAAAGUAAUUUGUGGCUCUGGAAGAAGCUACGCACAAACAUUUGCCUUGGGAUAUAUGUACAGUAUGGUCAGUCACAAAAUUCAUACUGAGAAAUCAGAAAUAGUAUAUGAACUUCCACACUAAUAUAAUCAAUCUGUCUGAGUACAAGACAUUAUGUGUUGAGAACUAUACUGUAGUCUACAUACUUUAUAGCAAAUGUACAAAAUUGCAGCUGUUAUGAGUCCAGAAGUAACCUCAUCAUAGCAUACUAAAGAAUGACAGCAACAACUAGGAUAUCUAAUGGUACUACUGUAAUUGAUUAGUUUACUUUACUCCAAAGAUGUAUUCUUUGCACAUGUGUGUGCUGGUGCAACCAAGUACCUUUUACUUUGGAAGUAAUAUAAUACCAUCAUGUUCAAACUCUGGCACGUUGAACAAGUUCUGUAUAUCAUAGAUGGUUUGUAGAUUCAAAAAGACAAUUUAAAAUGGAACAAAUCUCUUGAGGUUAUAUGCCCUGCUGCAUUAUUGCAGAAUUUGAGUUCAUGUGAUUUUAAUACUUGGCCUCCCUGUGGUCUCUGUCUAAGGCAGAUAGGAAUCAUGUAGCCCUUGAGUUACAAAACUCAGAAGAGUGAUCUGGAUUUUUAAAGUUCUAAGCAGUUCUGUUUCACUUUCGUGUCCAAUAGAGUGACAAGUUACAAAACCAGGGGUGUGGUUUUUCCAGGAAAUUCUGAAUUGGAAAAAUCUCUUAUGCACAUUAUGGCAAUUUGCAGCAGAAGAUUUUCAAUUUGUAGCAGAAAAGUGUCUGGUUCCCUUGAGAGCAAUCUAAUUUAGCAUGUUUAUUUUAUUUGUGUUUAGCAAAGAAAGUCAAUAAUUUGGAAACUGCCAAGCUUCCCUGUCUGUAUGUAUGUAUGUAUGUAUGUAUUAUAUGCACUAGGCAUACUUUCCUUGUUACUAAUGAAUUUAUGAAAUAUAAAAAAAUUAAUGAAGAAAUAAAGCGGUGGAAAAUCUUCUAGAAUUUUUUCUGCCCACACCACUGACGGUUCAGAAGUCCCUCAGUAAAACUAGAGAGUCUGCCUUGAUAGCUACCAUAGAUUCCAGCGUAUUAGGCGACUGGGCGUAUUAGAUGAUCCCCCAAAUUGGCAGCUGCAAUUUUGGGGUUCAUCUUAUAAGCCCAGUUGUCUAAUACGCUGGGCAGCUCCGCACCAGGAGAAACCUGCCCGGCGUGGAGCGAAGCCUGCCGCCCCUGCUGCUGCUUCUGAAGCAGCGCGGGGGGCGGGCUCCACGCCGGGUGGCUCUCUCCCAGUGCAGAGCGGAGCCUGCCGCAGCAGCGGGGGGAUGGGGGCAGAUACCCGGCAUAUAAGACGACCCCCAACUUUUUAACCUCUUUUCCGGGGUUAAAAAGUCGUCUUAUACGCCGGAAUUUACGGUAUUUGGUUUGUUCUUGUGCUUUCCUUCUACUGUUUAUGUCCUUGUGCUUUGCCUACUUCAUACUAUUUCAAUAUAUGGUGAGCUUAACUAUAGGAACAAUCAUCAUAUAGUUAGAACUGGCUGUGUGAGUUGCUCUUGUAAGAAGCAUGUGCUAAUGAUUUAUCAAGAUCAGGAAUGGUUAGCCCUUGGCUCUCCAAGCACAUUUUUCUGGCCACUCAAAACUCCCAACAGCAGCUAGGAGUGUGUGUAUAUUUUCGGGUGGGUGCAGAGGUUUAGCCACUGUGCACACUGCAGCACCUGAUUGAAGUGAAAAUUACACCCCACCCUGGUCAUCAGGUUGAUCAUUUAAUGAUUGGUAAGGGGUGAUAUUCCUCUAUCCUCAGCUAGUUACAUGCACAACAUGGGUCUGUGUGCAUGUAAGAGCAUGGUGUGGCCACACCCACUCAGUUCUGCAUGUACAUGGCUACCAGUUAACGUGGUGCAGCGGUCAGCCAUAUUGUACCCAGCGACUUACACCCUUUCUUCUAAGAUGCUGUUUUGUACAUCAAUAUCAACUUUUCAGAUAAGACAAAAAAAAAGUUCAGAUACCUGAGUUGGGCAUUUUGAACACUGACAACCUGAAAGAAAAAAGAAGCAGCUUGUUUUCUGUUUAUACAAAAAUAGUUUCCUAGCUGUCUGAUCAGGCAAAGUAGCAUUGUAAAAGCCUGCACAGUAUGCCAGUUCACUUCUUAUUUGUCUUUACUGCUUACUGAUUUUCAAUAUAGAUAGAACUGCCUGUAUGUGAUUGCCAUUUUCUAAUGAUAGUGUCUAUUUUUAAAUUAUAAAGACUCUGGAAACAUUGGGAAGUGCUCUCUAAAUUAUUGGCUUCUCUUGUUGAGUAGCUUUUCUUUUUAAAUUUCAAGUUAGAGUAGUUUGAAAAAGGUCAUUAAUUAUCCAUUGGUCUGGAGUACAAAUCUACUGUACUUGGGUGAGUUUCUGUGCUAUGAUAUGCACCCAUCUUAAAAGUGAUUUGUAUCAAAUCUGUAUUUGAAAGCAAGAAAGCAGACAUUCUGUAACUUGAAUAGGAAGAUCUGAGAGGUAUAAUAUAAUCAGAAUAAUUGCAAACACAUUAGGUACAGCUGUGAGAAUUGUCUACAUUUUCAUUUUUACCAGGGUUGCCAACUAGUUUAAAAUAAUUUUUAUUUAUCUGUCUCAUCAUUGAUUGUUUUCUUAAACUGUUAAAUUAAUUAUUUUGUUCUAUUUAUAAUUUUCCAUUGCACUGCUUCACAUUUCAUUAAAUAUAACCAAACAUUCAAUCAUUGACUUUCCUUCUCCCCCCUCCCUUUCCAGGUUUCAUUUAUCCAUUAAGACUGCAUAUUCAAAUUUCUCCUUGCAUUCAUAUUUCUCCCUUACCCCAUAUCUUCAAUGUUUUAAACUAAAAUAUAAGUGUGCUUAUUGCAUAAGUGUGAACUAUGCACACUUAUUUUAACAGCAAGGUAAGCUGUUAAAUUAAAAUAAGUGCGCAUAUUUCAAAAUUUCACUACUGCUAACAUGACCCUAUCCUAUUCUAACAUUGGUGCCUUAUUGGUACCUUAUUGUACAAGCCUAAUCCUAUGCAUACUCUGUUAUCCUAGCUACAGAUGCUUCUGCAUAUUUCAUACGAAUAAAUAGUAGUGAACUGACUAGCUGAUAUUGCAAACAGCUUCUGAUCUGGUCAGUUUUACUGCUUUUAACAGAAAAGCAAAGAGAGAUGAGCAACCUCACAACUGAUAGUUUUGCUCAUCUGCUCAGAAGGAGUAUUGUUAAUGUUAGCUCAGUGUUUUCUAGAGCAUUGGUUCCCCAACUUUUUCCCACGGACCACUUAAAAAGCACUGGAGGUCUUUGCAGACCACUUAAUCUGCCUGUUGUAGAAUUGUAAUGUGCUGUGCUAGUUGUUGUUUGAUUUUUAAUUGUAUUUUUACAGGCACAUUGUGGAUCAAGAAGGUGGUCUGCAGACCACAGUUUGGGAACUCCUGUUCUAGAAGAUGCUCAGCUUGAGCCUGCUGAAUCUCAUGGGUGUGUGAGAAGUCUGUGGUAUUUAAGCAACAUUUGAGGGCAUCUCCAUGCCUUCAACUUGAAAACUUGCUACAUAGUUGGAAUAGUUGCUCUUGGAUCUUAACACGAUUAAGAGAUGGCCUUCUGGUUAACAUUGAGCUCAAGUUAUUGUUAUUGGGGGCUUUGGGGAUUCCAACCGAUGUAUGUUGUAACUGUCAUGAUGCAUCCUUCAAGGGCAAUACAAAAAGUAUCUUUUGCUACUUCUACCUUUCAGUUUCUAGGCGGGUGGGUAUGAAUGAUAGCUGUCUUAUCAGGGUCUAAAUGUAUCUCUCCAGAUGAAAAUAGUGGGAAGCACACAUGGCCAUAGUACAGUCUAAAGUUCCAGGUGCAAUCCAACCGUAAAAAUGUAAAGGACCCCUGACAUUUAAGCCCAGUCACAAACGACUCUGGGGUUGCGGUGCCCAUCUUGUUCUAUAGGCCGAGGGAGCCAGCGUUUGUCUGCAGACAGCUUCCGGGUCAUGUGGCCAGCAUGAUUAAGCUGCUUCUGGUGAACCAGAGCAGCACACGGAAACGCCAUUUACCUUCCCGCCAGAGCAGUACCUAUUUAUCUACUUGCACUGCCUGCUUUCGAGCUGCUAGAUGGGCAGGAGCUGGGACCGAGCAACAUGCGCUCACCCCGUCACAGGGAUUCGAACUGCCGACCUUCCAAUCAGCAAGCCCAAGGCUCAGUGGUUUAGACCACAGCGCCACCCGCGAGCCAUGGCACGCAUAGCCAUAGUACAGUCUAAAGUUCCGGGUGCAAUCCAACUGUAGCUAGCUGCAAAAGAAGAGAAAUUCCUGAAGCCCAAGAUAAAGGAAAACACUUAAUGAACAUAAGAAGUAUUAUAUUUCCAUCUCAUGGCAUCAGAGUUGAAUAUUAUUCAAGAAAUCUUAGAAAUCUGUCUAAAUCAAACAUUGCUUAUGGUUGGUUGGUUGGUUGGUUGGUUGGUUGGUUUGUUUGUUUAAAAAAAUAUCUGGGCACUCUGGCCUAAAAAAAUCAUCUUAGGUUUUUAAGCUUGCAACUGUUUUGAAGAGCUUCUAGGCUAAUAAAAUAUAUUUUGACUAGCUGCAUCUUUUUUUUCAGAUCAUCUUCUGAUUGACAACAUGCUUUGCAUUUUUUUUGUGCUUUGAUACAUAGGGGGGUUUUUUUGCCCAUAACUCUCCAAUAUGCAGAAAUACAGGUUUUCUUAAGUGUGCUGCAGGUAAUAUCUCGAAACCACUAUGCUGCUCAUGACCCUGAGGUCAUCUCAAAUAAACAAAGCAAAAGUUGGACUCAAGAGGUUCUUGAAGGAAAGGGCUAGUCCCUAUGAAGUUUUCUAAAAAGCAAAAAAAAAAAUAAGUCACUCAGUUUGAGAAACCAGAACACUCCUAAUUAUAAUCGUUCACCAGAAUGGCUUAAGAAUUAAACAACUUCUGGAUCUGUCAGUACUGUGGAAGAUCCAGACUGAUUUUACAUACGCACUGUCUGCUUUCGUUUCCUUUGAUUCUAAUUGUUAGACGAACACCUAUUGUAGUUUUACCACGAAAGGCAAAUAGUGUUCUAGCUUUGGAUACAGAGUAGAAGUAGCGGCUAUUUCUCUUUCAUCUAGUAAGGUGCAGAGAAUAGCAUCAGAGACUUCCAGAGCACUUUUUAAUGUAUGACGAAAGCCUUAGGUGACUGAUUUUACUAGAUUAAAUACUGGAACCAUAAACGUUACUUAUUCCAAGGUAGUGACUUGCCUUGCACUGUAGCUGUAGCUGUGGAGGUGUCAGUUUUAGGGCUUGUCCAUUUCACCAUGGCUGGACACUGUGUACAUCAUAAUUCAAAGAUUGUUUGGCUGGGGGGACUGUGAAAACUAUAUAGGCCAGUGAAGCUGUAAUAUUCCUAUCAUUUUAACCAUAGCUAACAGAGCCAGAUCAGACUGCAGGAUUGUGCAUUCUUUCCUAUACCACUCUUUUAUGUAAAUUAUAUCACCUUCUUACUCCUGCUCUUAACCAUGGUUAGUACUAACCAGAGUUUGUACAAAACUUGGAUUUCAUACCAAGAUCUGAAACUAGUUAGCAAUCCUUGCGAACUCUUGUUAGUGUUAACCAGGAUUAAUUCCAGUGCAUAUGAACUGUAGUUAAAACUCAGGACAAAUUAACAUGGGAAGGAAGGAGCUAUUCAAAUGAGCUGUCUACAGGAGGGAGAGGGAAAGCUUCCACUUUUGAUUUUAAGUUAGCCAUAUUUCUAGAGUUGGGAGACCAUGGCUUAAGAACAAGCCAGGUUUAGAACCAUGAUUAUGUCCACCUGAUCAAAUCAGUAUUUUCAGGUGCCUUCUGCACCUUCAUACAGCCACUUCACUCCUCUCUUUAGGUAAGUGAUGAAACAAGAUAGGAAGCAGCAGCUAGCCAUAUUUUUCUGUUACACCAGUACUAGGAACUUGGGGUAAUGGCUUUUAAAUAAGGCAUGGUCUGUGAAUCAGCUUUAAAUCUUGGCUUUGUACGGUGGCUUUUUAAAGAAAAGUAAUUAGCCAUAGUUCCAGUACAGACCUAAUGGAAAGCUGCAUCCACAAAAGAUAAAAGGGGAUGUGUAUGAAAGUCCACGACUCAGCACUUCAUUUUCAUAGCUAUAAACCAUAGUUUUCCAAUGUGUGAAACAGUGACAACCUGAGGUAUCUCUGUGACCCUCUGUUGUAAACACAAAGUAAAUUUAGGGUGUUUCUGCACUUGCUAAAAUUUGUGUAACAGUAAAUGUUCCCCACGUGCAUUUUGAGAAGUUAUGGCAGUUUAAAAAACUGUUUUAAAAUAAACUUUAGUUCAGAUGUAUGCAGUUGUAUCCAGCAGUGUUCCAUUCACACAACAGGGUGCAGAGCAAGGCCAAAAUCUGAUGCUCUCCCCCACACCCCAGCCCUCAUGCCGCCUUCCCAAAGCUGGGUAAGCGAGGCAUGGGCUUUGGGAAAGAGGCAUGAAGUUCUGGCUGGGUCCUGGAGUCCUUGCUUUGAUACAGGAGUGAAAAGAAAUUGGAGGAAGCUGAAUGUUGGCUGGAGGAGUGGAGACCUCUCCUUUCUGCCCUGACUCCAGCUGCUUCAGAAGAAGGAGCAGGAUGCUUGCUCUCCCCUCCCCCCACCUUUCUGCAGAGGACAGGGCCUUGGCGGAGGCCGAAGAGGGCUUUGAGCAGCCGAGGGAGGAGGUGGAACAGGAGGUGGCAGUGACUGAACAGGAGUCUGACAAGGAGGGGUGCAGUCUUGUUGCCUAGAAUCAGUCGCUGCCUUUGUGGAUGGGAGGAGACCCACCCAUCCAAAUAGAUUGUGCUUUUGCAACCCCAACAUUCAUGCAAGGCAAGUGAGUCUCAUGAGUGAGUAUACCACACCUUGUCUUUAAAAGCUUGGUGGGUGAAACUUGUUGGGACAUCUUCAUUGUUUCCUUCGAGUGGUGAAUGUUUUACCCUGGUCCCAAGCCCUGUGUUUGUUAGAGCCUCUAUUGUUACUUGCCAGAAUAAAGAUCUUGUUCUUACUUAAAAGUAAGAGCUUCUGUUUGCAAGUUUGGGGACAGGAGCUAGCACAUAUAACCCAGGAAGCUGCAGCAGGAAUCCCCCCCAAAUCUGGGAUGGCCUUUCCUCCCCUUUGCUUGAAAGGAAGUGCAACACUUUCUGGAUUCAUGCCUAGAUACAAUGUCUUGGGGCAGCAUUUGUCUCCUCUGGCAUAAAUGUGUUUAUGUUGUAUCACUAGUGGCUGCAUUUUUAACUUUCGAACAGUAGAUGCCAGUAGAUAGCUUUUGAAUUAAAAUAGAAAUGUGGCGAGCGCUGCCAUAGCAACAACUUCCUCUUGGCGAUGUUAUUUAUAGAAAUGCUGCUGCCUCAUCUUUACAUUUCUCUCAUGCUAAAGAGAGACUUUCUGAGAUGCUUUAAAAAGCUCUGCUGGCAAGAUGUAGGAUAUCUGUUUGUUCUAGACUGGUUAUAUAUAUCUAUACUGUAUCUCCCAUAUAUUAACUGUUCUGUUUAAAUGGCUAUGUUCAUUAUACAGCAGAUAUCUACUUUAAGCACCCUAGGGACUUGGACACAUUUGGUGAGAUUCCCCACCCCCACCCCUUUUCUGCCUUUAAGCCUCCCUAUGCUAUAUCACAAACUGAUUUGAGAGACCCCUCAGUUGUAAAAGUGUUUGGCAUGAGUGGGGGUGGGGGCUGGCACUGGCAUUUCCAGAACAUGAAUUCAAAUCCCUCUGGGCACAUGUAACUAGUUGAGCAGUUCUUUGGAUUCUAGGUAUAGUCAGGUUUGUUCAUUUAGUUUGAUGGAUGACUCUGGCAGUGCGCACUACAGAUUAACAUAUUAGCUAAUUGGGUAUGUAUACAUAACAGGAUACAGAAUUAAAGGAGAAUUUCACAUUACAGGGCAGUUCAAUAUAUUUUUCUCCAUAAGUAAGUACUUAUGGAGUGGGAUUUACUCUCAGGGAUUUACUCUCAGGUAAGUGUGCAUAGCUGCAGAGUACAUUUUACCCCCUAUACAGGCCAAACUAAAAAAUGGUGCUUUCCUGACAGUUGUUUGUUCUUGCAGUGUAAAAUUAACAGUCAUAACCCUUUCAAUCCAUGUCUGAUUCCCUUCCCUGAAAGUCCACCUUCCCUGAACACUGGUGAUCCUUUUCAGAAAAGAUUAUCAUACAUGGAUUAGGCUCUUGCUUAAGUUUUUGAAAGUAACUAAUGGGAGUUUUAUGUUGGGAGAUGCAUAAAUAUGUUGGUACUGAUUAAAGGGGUGCAUAUAUGUCACAAUGUAGGGACGCGGGUGGCACUGUGGGUUAAACCACAGAGUCUAGGACUUGCCGAUCAGAAGGUUGGCGGUUCGAAGCCCCACGACGGGGUGAGCUCCCGUUGCUCAGUCCCUGCUCCUGCCAACCUAGCAGUUCGAAAGCAUGUCAAAGUGCAAGUAGAUAAAUAGGUACCGCUCCGACGGGAAGGUAAACGGCGUUUCCGUGUGCUGCUCUGGUUUGCCAGAAGCGGCUUAGUCAUGCUGGCCACAUGACCCAGAAGCUGUACGCCGGCUCCCUCGGCCAAUAAUGUGAGAUGAGUGCCGCAACAACCUCUUUCUACAAAUCUCUUCUUAAAAUUAUACGGAAAUCAAUAUUAAUAUUACCUUUACAACAUCUUUUAUCAUUUACUAGGAGAGCAACCUAACAGCCACUUAAACAGAUUUCAGUGUAAAUACAUGCUUUUCUCUUCGUUCGUUUUAUGUAAGCUUGUAGUGUCACAAGCAGCAAUCCUGUGAAGGGAUACAUAUGCUCAUGCCCAAGGCAGUAUUGUAAAUGACUCUUUAACAAUACUGUAGAAGUUCAGAAAUUUGUGGUAGGGUUGUUAUUGUAUUGUCCUUUAGGUAAGGUUUUCAUGAUUAAUGAGAUAAUAAAAAUGAACAGCAAGUAAUAUUUUUUGCAAGAUGGGGUAGCUUUUGCUAUUAGCUACAUUGCCUUCUCCCAUCUGUUCUGGUCUUUCUGAGAUAGGCAGUGGAGAAGAAUAAAGGCAAUGGACAAUAAUUAGGCCAGUACCUUGUAAUGGGAUGGGGUGAGUGCGAGUGAACAGGCAAAAACAUCUUGUGUGCAGGUGGGAGGGAGAGGGGAGGCCAGCGCCCAGUUGUGUGUGGCGAAGGAAGGUGCACUCUGCAGAAGUGCAGGGAGAGAGGCAAGGGGACAUGGAACGUUUCAGGGACUGGCUAAGUCACCAGACUUGGAAUGAUUUGUCAACUCCACAGGUUUUCACAGGAGAGGAACCAUAUUCUUAAAUCUGUCUGAAAACAAAAAGAUAAGAAUGGUCACAGCAAGGUGUCAGGGAAGGGAAACAUAUUGUGUAUGUCCUAAGGACUGCUUGCCUAAGAGGCAAUCUCUAUGCAUUUUUGCCUCCCCCUCUUAUCUCAGCAUUGAUAAGGAAGAUGGGAGGUAAUCAGGCACAGGUGAUUAUACAGUGGACCCUCGAGUACGUAAUCUUAGGGUUGCGAACGUGGCAAACCUGGAAGUGAGUUUGCCGCGUGUGCAGAAGCGCUCUGCGGCGGCGUGUGCAGAAGCGGUCCUCCAGUUUCGAAAUUUUCGGGAUACGGCCGGGCCUCCAGAACGGAUCCUGUUCAUCACCAGAGGUAUCACUGUAAUAGCACCAAUAGGCCCCCACUAUCCCUGGUUUUCACACCUCGUGAGUCUUGCCAGAUCUACUAGGUAAGAACCCUGGAUGUUCUUCAACCAUAUGCCCAGAAACUGAGUGGAAUAUCUUGACCCUCCAUGGUUAUUCCAGUAAAGACCUUUUCCUCUUCUUGAGGGAAGGACAACAGCCAGGCCCUUGCGGGGUUGAAUCUGGAUGAGUGCACAACUUCCAUCUAAGGUACCGUAUUUUUCGCUCUAUAAGACGCACCAGACCACAAGACGCACCUAGUUUUUGGAGGAGGAAAACAAGAAAAAAAAUAUUCUGAAUCCCACAAGCCAGAACAUCAAGAGGGAUCGCUGCACAGUGAAAGCAGCGAUCCCUCUUGCUGUUCUGGCUUCUGGGAUAGCUGUGCAGCCUGCAUUCGCUCCAUAAGACGCACACACAUUUCCUCUUACUUUUUAGGAGGGAAAAAGUGAGUCUUAUAGAGCAAAAAAUACGGUACUUUUUCCAGGGGCAUCUCCAAUGUCAAUUGUUUUCCUUCAAACGAGUAAAAGUUGCUAACUAGUUUUUUUGUAGGGUUGUUGGUUUUCCUCUUCCCAACGUUUUUCUGGUGCUCUUUUUAAAAUUAUUGUUUUGAUCCACACAUACAAACACAAAUUAUUUUGUGUGUGUGUGGAAUUUUUACAUCUGUGGCUUAGGAGUCAUACUUAUUUGCCUCGGUGUAUGAAACCAAAAAUAAUCAAAUGUCUUGUGGGGGGGGGGGGACUCUCGCUAUUAGGUUCUUUUCAGUUAUUUUUCUUGUAAUUGCAAAGCCCCUGGAUGAACGUAGCCACUGAGUAGGACCUUAGGUGACCCCUGUAACACUGCGCAGCAUAGCUCAGCAGCAAGUGCAGCUAUUUAAUUAGUUCUUUAGAAGUUGGGAAGAGGCUUCCUGCCAAGGUUUUUGGAUCCUGACCACAUAUUUACUGUGUGUACAUGCCCUGCAGCAUGUAAACACAUUUUCUUUUUUAGCAUGGAUAUGACUUGCACAUUAUAGGAAUCAAAUGACUAUGUGCAGUAUACAGAUAUACCGUCAAGUUUUCUAAACAGGAAAUGUUUUGAAAUUUUCUCUUAAUCUGCAGUAGUAAACGAUAAUAUCUAACACUGCUAAUAAACUAAAAGCAAAUUAUGCUUUCUGGAUCCUGGCUUCCGUUAUCCCUUUUCAAUAUAACAAAACACAUGCUUGUUCUCAUCUCCCUGAGGUGGUUCUCUCCCCCCCCCCCCCGAAGUGGAGAGUUAACAUGCAAACAGUACAGAGUUUUUCCCCCUCUAGUCACCACCCUGAGCUGAUAUCAAGAGCCUUUUGCUGAGAAUAGCUCUUGAAGCUUGGUUUUAUAUUAACAGGAAGCAGAACAGCAGUUGCGGCUUUAGCACACUGCAUACAGGAAGUCUGACACAUUCUUAGUCCUCGGCUUCUGUCCUAAGUUCUUAAGUUGAGAAUUCUUUCUUGCCUCUAACGUACACCUUAAAUGUACACAGAUGGCAGCCCAGAAGGAGUUACAGGGCAGCCAGAGCGUGGGGACUGCUAAUGCUUUGCAGAGACUGGAAGGCUUUGCCAACAGACUUUUUCACAGGCACUCCAAAGGUUCUACAAGUGAACUGAAAGUGGCUCUGGAAAAUGAGUCUUCUCGUUUCUCUGAACCCGCUGCACUGUGGGACAGAUCAAGUAAGUGUGUGUGUUGGGGAGGGGUGUUCCUUGGUAUGUAGUGGCAAACUGUAGCAUGUUGCAUACUAAAUAUAGAAAAAUGCUGACAGCCAAACUGGUGAAUUAAAUGAUCAGCAAGUGGAUUCAAAUCUGUAGUUUUGUUUCUUAAAGCAUAUGUGAUCAGGUCACAGAGUAUUAUUAUCAUUCAGCUUACUUUAGUCAUUUCAUUGCCUUGCAUAUUUUCCUGCCUGUGUUAAAUGUCUACUUCUUCAUUAUUUGAAGUUGUGUUUUUGAAGCGCUAAGGCUGACUAUUAAUUGUUGGCUGUCCUUAAGCUUGAAUGAUUGAAGAGAAGGGCAUGCAAGGGUGCCGCAAAGGUGAUUUACACACCAAAACAGGCUGCAGUAUGGAGACUCUCUUGCAGUUUGGGCCCCAUGGACACAGGACUGGCGCAGUGUGGUGAAGAGAUUGACAGACACAUCAGCAUGUGCAGUGCCUCUAGCUGUAUCAGAGCUGGGAAAUAUUCUAUUGUAUGAGAAGAUCUUGUGUACGCAACCUGUAGUCGCACAUUAAAACCUAUAGACUGAACUCUUAACUAUUACUGUAUAUAGCAUUAAGUGGGGAACCCCUGAUACUUUAAAAUGGAUGGGGCUACUACCCUCUUGUCAAGCAAAGUUGGAAAUAUAAGUAGUAUAAGCUUCCUGGAAGAAGGUAAAAUACUGCAUGCAUAUCAGAUCAUGGUGUUUGUAAAUAAUUCUUCUUCAUAGUUCGAACGGAACAGCAUUUUCACUUCAGUAGUAACCAUGUGGUUGGUGUAGCUUAGGUUGCCUAGUGGGUGGGGAGUUUGCCAGUGAGCGCCAUAGCUGACCAUGCUAGUUAUUUAACAAGAUACUGACAAAUAUGCAGUUAGCCUAUUGGGAAUUCAAAUAUGAGACUAUAAAUACUUUCAUAUUUACUAAGCAGCUAUAUGUAUUCUAAUACAUUUUCAUACAUUUCAUUAAAUGGCUCCCACUUCUCUGGGCAAAGGCAUAGAAAAUUCAGGAUAUUUUAUUUAUUUGCCUCUUGGAGUGGAGGCUAUUGAGUCAGGUUUUCAAAGUAGCAUUCAUACUUAUUUUAAGGGGAAUAAUAGAUAAAUAUGUACCGUAUUUUUCACCCUAUAGGACGCACUUUUUCCCCUCCAAAAAUGAAGGGGAAAUGUGUGUGCGUCCUAUGGGGCGAAUGCAGGCUUUCGCUGAAGCCUGGAGAGCGAGAGGCGUUGGUGUGCACCGACCCCUCUCGCUCUCCAGGCUUUAGGAAGCUAUCCGCAAGCCUCGCAUGCCCGGCGGGAGGUCCCGCCGGGCGCGCAAGGCUUGCUGGCAGCAGCCUGCAGCCCGAAGCAUGGGGCGUGUUGCGUAGCACGCCCAGUGCUUCGGACAGAUGUUGGCAAGCCUUGUGCGCUGUUUAUUGGAAACAGCAAGUAUUAGCUAAAUGCUAUACCAUAAUUUUAAUCAGGGUUGAAACUCUUAAUGUAAUAGUGCAUUGUCUCCCUCAUAGAUGGCCCAUGCAGAGAAUGGGACAAGGGGAGCGCAACCUUGCUCCUGCUUCUAAAGUCUCUUUGAGACUUUUGAUACCAUUCACCAUGGUAUCCACCCGGACCAGAUCCAUGAAAUGGGAGCUGGAGUCACUGUGUUACAGUGGUUUCAGACCCACCUACAUGACCGUGUCCAGAGAGAAGCAUUGGGAGGUGCUUCUUGGUUCACUGGAGUGCUGCAAGCUACUAUUCCAUACUCAAUGCUAUGAAGCCACUGGAGCAGUCAUUAGGAGUUUUGUGGUCAGGUGCCAUCAGCUAUAUUUCUCCAUAAUAUAUGUAUCAAGAGAAGCGAUGCAGACCCUCGAACAGUCCUUGGAUGCAGUGGUGGGAUGGAUGAGAGAAAACAACGUGAACUUGAAUCCUGGGAAGGUGGAGGCAUUGUGGAUGAGUGGUUCCUGUGUCCAUUUAUUGAAUGGGUCAAUGGUCUGCCCUGAAUGGGGUUGCACUCCCUCUGAAGAUGUUGGUACUCAGCUUGAGGGUUCUUCUGGAUCCAGCUGUGUCACUGGAGGCUCAGGUAGCCUCAGUGGCCAGAUGUACGUAGUUUUAGCAGGUGUGACUGGUGAAACAACUGCAGCCGUACCUGCGCGGCUUAGUUAUGCUGGCCGCAUGCUGUGCGCUGGCUCCCUUGGCCAGUAAAGUGAGAUGAGUGCCGCAACCCCAGAGUCAGGGUUCCCUUUACCUUUACCACCUUUUAUCUUCCAAGGAUCUCAUAAAAAAUCAUUCUUUUAGUUUGGCAGUUUUUUUUACAUCAGGCAAGCACCUUCACGGUUCUCUUUUGGGCAUCUGUUUAAAACAUUUUUGUUCAGACAUGCCUAUCUAGACAUGUAGAAGUUACACAUGCUUUAUUUCUUUUUAGAUACUAUUGAUUUUAAACAUCUCCUGAAUAAAACAAACAAACAAAUACUCUUCUCUAGAUACAUUUUCCAUUACAUUUUUGCAGCCCGAGACCACUUUUAUAAACAAUCUAUACUACUUGCAAUGUGUCUUCUAAACUGGCUUUUUGAACAAUGCAAUGGAUUAGAUCCAGACAGCCAUGGUGAGAGUAGAACCACUGAAAUAAAUAGGACUUAAGUUAGCCAUUGAUUUACUCCCAAGUCUGGAUCCAACCCGCUGCAUAGAAGUUGAAACCAUUUAACCAACUGAAUUUUAUAACUAUCUGAACAUAUUUUUGAAAGAAGGCAAAUUCAUUAUGUAUGCUACGUAUUGCUGGAAAAUUGUAUUUUUUUUCUAGGAAAAAAGAUUGUAUUAUAAUAUGUGAGAUCUUAAUAGGUGCACUGUAAAUCUUCUGCCUAUAAAAUGCAUUGUGCCUGUGAUCUUCUAUUGCUUCUUGAACCUUGACUAGAAUGUUGCUUAAAUAGUAAACUGCUGGCAGAACAUGUAGCCGUAUUUCUACUGUCUUGCGGUUCAGGUUUCUUAGUUAAUUUAACAUUUAUAUGCCAUCUGCAUCAAAAAAAGAAUUAUUUUGCCAUUUCAUAGUCAUUUUAAACAUCAAAUAGAAAAAACCCACAUAGUGUAAAUGAAUACAAAAGCACCAAAACAGUAUAUUAAAAAGGCUUUGGACUGUGAUUGGAAACAGUAAUACUGUUGGGCAUUUGUCUUGUGUGUGGACUUCCCAUAGGCAUCUGGUUGGCUACAGUGAGAAAAUAAUUGCUAGACUAGACAGGCCUUGGUUUCAUCCAGUAGAGCUCUUGUUAUAUUCUUUAUUUUGGUGAACAAACCCAACAAUAAAUGUAAAGCUGCCAGGUCAUUAUUUUAGAAACAAGGCGCUGUCCAUUCUUUUAAUAUUUUGAUUUGAUGUGAUUUAUGGUAUAUCUGUGUCACUUUCCCAGUCCAAGGUAUCUCAUGGUAACUUAGAACUGCUGACUCCCACAUUGAUUUUGCUGCAUUAGCAUCAUCAAAGUGACCUUUGGGCAGUAUGUGUGCCUGGGCAGUAUGUGUGGAGGUCCUGGGGUGCCCAGACAACAAGAUUCCCCUUGGCUGCAGGACAUCUUAGGGAUUCCACUUCAGAUUGUAUAGGACUUACUCCUUAGCCAUUUUUCUUCUCCUGAAGAUGUUCUGCAUGGCAGCAGGUACAGAUUUUUCCUCAGAGAUUACUCCCAAAGCCUUUAUCACAAAAGUGUAUAGCCAUAAGGCAACAGUGGUUUAGGAUCAGAGUUUUCUUUCUCCUAGAUGGGCUACCUUCCCAGGUUGAUGUUUUUACAUGAGUAGAAUGUGUGCUUUUAUUUAAAACGCAUCUCUGGGUUAUUUGUGGGGCAUAGGAAUUCGAUCAUUUCCCCCCCAAAAAAUAUAGUCCGGCCCCGCACAAGGUCUGAGGGACAGUGGACCGGCCCCCUGCUGAAAAAGUUUGCUGGGCCCUGGUCUAUUGCUUCGACAUAUCCUCUUUGCAAAACAUCUUGUUAUGCAGUUAUAGUCCUCAAAGAGGAAGCUGUAUCUCUGUGGGUUGUUAGCUUCUUGUGGUUUAAUAAUGUGAGCAGAAUAGUUCUCUCUCUCCCUACCCUGAGUUAAGCUGCUCACAGCUGCAACAGGUUAUUGGGAAGCUGUACUGCCUCCAUUCAGGUUUUUGGGGAUCAGAUGGACAUUAGUGUGUGAAGCGCAUACUAUGAAGUGUUUUAAGUUACAUACUGAUUUUCUGGCUGCAUUUUUUGGCUUAAAAGCACUUACUUGUUUCCAGUGGCUUUUUACUACUGACAAGGAUUGUUACUUUUGUUCUCCAUUUUUAGAAAACAGGGUCUUUCACAUAGUUUCAAAAAACCCUGUUGAUUCUUUAUUUAAGCUUCUAAAUAUCAUGGAGACAUUAUGUAUAAUGUUUAGCCAUUGUUUGUUUUCCUUAAUUGUGGUAAAGCAUUUCUGAAUAUCAUUAUGGUUGAACUAGGUUUUCAAGUGUCUACCUAUAUACACUUGGUAAGCUUAUACCAUGGCUUUGUGUUUGGGAUUCUAAACAGUCAAUACAUGAAACAAUGGUUUUUCUUGUUUCUAGCUCUCCAGAUUUUGCUGGACAACAAAUUCCAUCAUAUCUAGCAAUUGGACAUGCUGAUUGGGAGUGAUGGGAGCUGGAGUCCAGUCACAGAUUAUUAGGUGUCUCUGGUUUUCUGGCUUGACCAGGCCAGGGAGUUAACACCUUGAACGCUACAAAUUUGUGUUCCGGAUCAACUGUGAUUUUAUUGUGGGCGACUUUGGAGAAAUCAUUCUGCUCUGGUUCUGUGUGUAUGGGAUGGACAUAGCAGCAUAUUUUAUAGGAUUAUUAAAGAGAACUGCAUAAAAAUAUAAAGCACAGUGUACAAAUUAACCUUUACAUGUAACACCUGUUUUGCCCUGGCAUCUGAUAAAUUUCUGGGGUCAAUCACAGUGAUGGUUUUGACUAUGAAGUCUUAUAUAGUUGGGAACCUGUUGUCUUACAGAACACCUCUCCCAUUAUCAACCUACAUGGGCCCUUGUCCAAGUGUCCUUCCAACAGAAAUGUGAUGGGUGGUUACAAGAGAGAGGCCCUUCACUGUAAAGACCCUCGGUUGGAAUGCUUUUCCAAUGGAAGCUUACCUAGCACCAAGAUCCACCAUUUUUCAGUGCCUGGUUCAGACUUUCCUCUACGUCUGGCAUAUGGUUGUUAAUUGUAUUUCUCUGUGGCUUGAUGGUUUUUCAUUUUUUUAAAUAGCUGUUUUAGUGGUGAUCUUGUUGAUGUAUUUAUUGUUGGGAAUGGUGUAUGAUUGCUUUUAGUUUGAAGCACAUUUAUGUAAUACUCUGUUUGAUAUAAAUCACAAUAAAGUAGUGAUGGUAAUAAUGGUGCACCAGCAAUCUAGAUAGUACUGUAUAGGUUGUACUGUGUGUGGAAUGAGUUAAUUCCAAGGAUGUUGGUUGGUUGUGCUGCAUGAUGUAGCAUGACAGUACGUUAUAAUAGGCGGGGGGGGGGAUUAUGCUUUGAGCACUUUCCAGGUAUUUCCUAAUAUCCUAUAGAGCAUCUGGUAGACUAUCUUGAGUUUUGUGCCUGUGAAGAAACGCUUUUUUUAAAAAAAAGUCAUAUUAAUAAAAAACAUAGAAAUAUGUUGCUUAUGUGGAUAAAUUAAAGCUUUAGGAGAAACUACUGGUUGGGUACAAGCAGACCGAUAAUUCUCCUCUAAGGUUGCUAUGGAAACAAGCAGUGCUUGAUAUAAUUGAGAACAUCUUAAAACAUCCUGGUGUUUUUGCUUUUUCCCCCUCUGCCAUUUUGAGUCGCUUUAUCUGUGUAAAGGUAAUGCUGGCUCAAAAACAAGUCAUUAAUGAGCAUCGCUAUUUGAAUAUGGAUCUGCUAUCAACUGCUGGUAUUUUUAUUGGAUAGUUUGCAUAUCUCAAGCUGGCUGGAUGAAGACAAGCUCUCUGGAUUUGUUUGUCUUCCAGUUCUAGUGGCCGUAUGUGAGAGCAUCAAUGCUUCUACUUUAGAGAUUAAAUAACUCAUUUACUGGGCAAACAUUACUAGCAAUAUGUUUCCAAAAACCAGCCUUUCAACAUGAAUGGUAAGUCACUUCCAUGUUUCUAAUGUUAUAGUUUCGUUUAUCUGCUUUUAAAGGAAGUGUACAGAAUUAUCCCCCGUGUUACGUUAAUUUAUUGUGAGCUGUUUUCUUUUUCAUCUAGUUAUUAUAGAGUUGCUCUAAAAAGAAAAAAAGACCAGUAGUAAAUUGUUUAGUAUUCUAUAAUGUAUCGGGAUGCAGCAUUUAAUAGAAUAUAAAUUAUAACGGAGCUAAUGCUUUCUUUGUAAGUUUAUAUUUUUUGCUAUGUAUAAUUAAAGUUUAACAAUCGUAAGUGAAGACUUGUAGAAGCAUCCUAGCUUUUAUUUUAAUUAGUUUUCUUUUAGCAUCUUUCAUGUCACCAUUUGUAGAAAUUUACAUAAAUAUCUGAGUCAAAUGUUUGUCUCAUCAUUUGCAGAUGGGGAUUUUUUUAGCUUUCUGUGUGUGGUAGAUUUUGCUACAUUUAUUAAUCUCAAGGAAUUAUGGAGAAAGAGAAUUUUGUGUGUGUGGUGGAGAAUACAUUUAAAUUAAGGUGCUGGCAUUUUAAAUUAAAGCUGAUCUGGUGAGGUAUUAAGGCAGUUGCUGUGAUCAGAUUACCAAAUUGAUUUUUGUCAACAUUUCUGUCAAAUUUGAUUUUGAGAUCACUUACAUAGCAGGCAGAGGCAGAAUAUAGAUUAUCUGCCCCAAACUUCAGUGAAAUAGGCAAAGGAACAAAUAACUGUACAUACCAUUUUGUUUUAAGCAUAUAGCUUUGUAUUUAAGCUUAUCAAAUGGCAUCAUGCUUCCUGAACUUCCCCCCAAAAUUUUUUUUUUCAAAAUAAAUGUUUCAAGCAUUUCACUAGUAUGAAAAAUGCAAUUUAAAUAGCAAUGCUGCUUUUAAUGUGUUGAAAUAAUUUAAAUAAAAGGCAAGAUCAGUACAGAGGAUAAUAAAAAAAGAUGCUUAUCUGCAGGGCUGCAAUCAUGGGUUUUUUUUGUUUUUUAAGAAUACAGCAAAAAAUAAAUUGCCUUUCUAAUGCUCCAGUCUCAUAAUCAUGGAACAAACAUGAUGUGUUACCUGACUUUUGGGGAGGCUAGUGUAUAUGCAAAAACAGAAUCUGAUUCAGGCAGCGGCCUAUUUCAGACAUGGUAACUACUUAUGCAGGUGCAUAAGUAAAAUCUGACCCAUAGGAAAGGUAGGCCAAUAGAUUUAUCUUCCAUUGACCCCCCCCCUCCCGCUUUUAUCUUUUAUUGCAAAAAAUAGAUGGAAGAAGUCUGGUUCUUUUUCUGCUUGUGAACUAUAUACUGACACAAUGUACAUGUAGUCUUUAGUAGAGUUUGCCAUAUUACAAGCAAAGCUCAUAAUAUGCAGAAUCAGAUUUCUAUACAGUGAUCUCCAUGCUGGUUCAGAUCAUUUGCAUAUAAAGGGUGUCUUACUGGGUAUAAAACUGUAUUUGGCACUUGGAAUUGCAUCCACACAUAUACAUGCAAUCUUUUGUAUAGCCCCUAAUGGCUACUUGGUGGAGUCAGCUUUAAUCGAUAGCCAGAUCAGAUAGCAUGAUUAACUUAUCUCAUGAUGUGGGAGAGACAGUAUGUCCUGUUCUGCAUAUGCAUGCUUACCCCAGCACGUUUAGGUUUAAACUGCAUGGUUGAUAUCCCAGAUAAAGUCGGGAAAUUAUCACAGUCCAGGGACACUUGCAUAUUUUAUGUUACAUGUGUAUGUCAAACUAACCAACAUGGUGUCCUCCAGAGGUUGCUGAAGGCUGUCGUGUUAGCUGCCCUGCUGUAUGCUCUAUGGAAAUGUGAUGCCCCGUCAUGGACAUCAGGGGCAGGAUAGGAAUGCUGAAUCCAAUGCUAUCUUUAGAAGGGUGUGGACUUGCCACCGGAUCAGCAGUCCACACAGAUAAAUGCCUUGGUGGGCUUGCAUGUCCAAAUUUGUUGACCAGGGCCAUGAUUGGGAGAGGUAAGCUGGUUAGAUAUCCAGCAUCUGACUGACAUCCCACCUCACCCAGUCCCUGUGUAUCUAGUUUAGAAGAAAUCUUUUAGCAUAUUCCUUUGAAAAGCAUACCGCAACUUCCUUUGCUUCCACUUGCACUUAUGGCAUCUCCCUACAGGAGAGAAAGAACUUCAGCAUAGUAGGUGCUGGGGACUUGCUCCUUUCAUUCUGAGUAAAGGACCGUAGCUCAUUGUGAACAGAGCACAUGCUUUGAACGCAAAAGAACCCACGUUCAAUCCCUGACAUCUCCAAGUAGUGGGGAAACUCCUGCCUGCAACCCGGGAGAGCCACUGUUUAACAGUGUUGACAAUACUGAUAGGCCAGUGGUCUUUCUUGCUGCAAGGCAGCUUCCUGUACAUUCUUAUAUAAGACAAACUGAAGAGCAUGCACACUUUUUUUUUAUUAUUAAAGCUCUCUGGCUGUGUUUACAGGCUGUGUACUUAUUCAAUCCCAUCCCCCACCCCUCGUGGGCUGCCUUCAGAUGUCAUGUUUCCAAUCAACUGGGAACAGGCCAUAUGCCUGUCUGUUCUCUUCUUCCCUUCAUGCCAUGCACUUAAACUGCUUAGUUUGAUCAAACCAUAGUUUGCCAUUGUGCCUAAACUCUGCACACUGUAGUUUAGAGCAAGCCCCCCCCAAAUGAGGAACUCAGGGAGGCUUGCAUUUCUGGUUUGGAGGGCUUUCUCUGAACCUCAUUCUGCUGGGGCUGGGUGUAAUGACCAACUUCCUGGGUGCAUUGGGGUGGCAGGAGCUUGCAAGCAGGCAGUAUUCCAAUAUGCAAAUCCUGGUUUGAGGGUUCAGAAAUGGAAUACCUGAGUGCAUCUUUGGUGUACACUUACAUAGCUCUUUAAUUUCUCCUACAUAAGUUGAAGCUCAUCAUCGGAAUUAGUAUCACUAGAGCUGUUGUAGUUGUACGGUUACUUCAGAUUUUAUGACAAAAUUCAAAGGAGGAAGUUCUGUCUGUAUAGUCUGCGGAAACACUGGUGAUCAGCUGAAAACAAUGUAGAAGUGAAUGUGCAAGAGCUCAUACAUGUGUGUGUGUUAAACGAGAAUGAAAACUUGAGACGUGUGAGUGGUACUCACUUGCACAACAGGGCUCUCUUGGCUCCUUCUCACUGGAGAAAUUGUCAAAAUUCAGGAGGGAGGCUGUCUUACACAACUUAAAGUGCCUUUUCAUUCUCACAAUACACCCUUUCAAUCCAAGCACACACACACACAUGCACAUGAACACACAUUUCAUGUAGUUGAGCAAUUCAGUGACAUGUCCAAGUGAUAUGCAAAAGUAAAAAUGUGGUUUUCUUAAACUAUGCCUCUAGCUGUCUAUACAUGCAAUAUUAGACUUAAUAUUUUUUGUUUAACAUAUGUUAAUUACUUAAAUGCAUCUGUUUUCAUUACAGAUCUUUCAUAUAAAAAAUUCUUCAGGUUAGAUAAAACCAUCCUAGAAACUAAGGUUAGUCACAGCAGCUAAUUGACCUCAGUACUGCAAUGAAUAAAAUAUCUCCUGACAAAUGUAAACAUUGAAGUUUCCCUUGAUUUGAAAGCUAAUACGAUAACAACUCUGUUAAUGAAAGACCUUGGGCUUAUUAGUUUGAGAUUUUCAAAUUAAGUGAUUUACUUCCAAGAGUCCUGAUUGUUUUAAAGCUGAACAAAUGCUACUUUAUAAGGUGAUGAUUUGGGGCGGGUGAAUGAUGCUUCACCUCUUCUUCUUCUGCAUGCUCUCAGGCAGGCAGGCACACCAGAAUUGUUUGAAUACCUGAAAACGUAAUUUUAAUUUGAACACUUUAUGGAUGUGUCAAAUUCAAAACCCAUGCUUCUAAAUCUCCUCCUCUCCUUUUCUUCUGUUUUCCCAGAAGCUAAGCUAAACUAUGGUGAUAAACAAGAGUGGGGGGGGGACCAUUUUCCUGGAAAAGGGAAGACUAUAAUAUUUUAUUGCAGUCUAUCUACAUAAUAAAUCCUCUUGAUGUUUCUUAAUACCUGAUACAUGGCAACCAAAUUAGUCACUUGACAUUCUGUCACCUGGAUCUAUACUGACAGUCAUAUUUGCACACUGUGGGUCUUUAUUUAUUCGGAAAUGACUACAUUGGAUCUUUGAUUCCAACCUGAUACCCUUCAGCUGUUUUGGACUGCAACUCCUGCCAUUCCCGUUAUGGUCGAAAACAGCUGGGCAGUAGCAGGUUGGUGAAGACUGUCCUAUGCAGUUACUGUGGAACUUCCCUCUAGACAGGUGUUUUCAGCUCUUAAAGGAAUAGCAGAGCAGUCUAAAACGUCCAGGUACUGUGUUUCCAAGAGAGUUGCUUCAAUGAUACAAUUAUUUUGGAUUUCUAUAGGCUAUGUAGAACUAGCACAAAGCAAUUAGUUGUUUUCAUAUACUUUUACUAUAGAGUUCCCUCCUAAGGGUUUAUAAGCCCUACCAAGGCAUAUUUGAAUGUGAUAUGCAAUCCUUGGAAUUGAGGGGAUAAUUUGUCUCUCCUCUGCCCCGUCACUUUUCACCCUGCUCUCUUGCCUUUAACCCAGAGGCACCCAGAGCCAAGGUAACGCACCACAGCACUCAAUCACUAUGUGGACUGGUGAACACAAGGACCAGUUUCCUGUCACUGCUGUUUUCCUCAUUCCUGUUUCUUAGAAACCAGCUGUGUGAUUACCAGUUCCUGUGCAUUCUGCAACACACUCUGGUGGUGAGGAGGUGGGUGGGGGGAGUGGUAAUCUCCGCAGCUGCCUCAAAAACACAGCAGAAUAUCAUGGGCAGCUCUGUCUCUGCUUAGGUCCACUCACUGAGUAGUGGGCCCCACCAGUCAUGGUUCCUGGGAAGGAAUUGCUGUUCACCACCACAGAGAAUCUAAACUGUAAGGCUAGCUUCAGAUUAAGAGCAGGAACAAGGUGCAACGAAGGGGGAAUUACAGUAGUUUGCCUGCCCAGAGCUGUAUGUAGAUGGAAUCUUAAAGCAUUUUCAUUAAACUUUAGCUGCUCUUCCAGAGUGUGAACAAAUUGUUAGGAGGCUGAUAACUUUGAGGUAUUUCAUAAGGCGGUUUUAAAGCACGCUUCUGACAUACAGAAACUGAAAACAUGUCUGCCGGGUUUUAACCCGAAGCUGCCCGCUUCUCCUCCACCCCUCAGCUCAAGUCUGACUCAUUUAUUUCCAUGGUAGUAAAGUUUGUACAUUGUAAAUAUAGACUCUAAUGUUCACAUAAGAUGCUUUUGUCUACAAGAUCCCUCUUGAAAAGAAGUUCCAGAAUUGGCACGCUGGAGAAAUAUGCUCUUGAGCAAGUAUUCUGGCCAUAUUCUUAAUCUGACCUGUAAACUGCUAGCUUCUCAGUUAUACUCAACUGUGUCAUUUGUUAUGAUGAUCCCGAAUUUCCUUUUAAUCUCUUGAGCUCUGUUGACUGCAUUCUAGCUGUGAAAUAUAUGUCCUGUAAAUGAAAGGUGGGGUGGGGGGAGGUUGCUGUUAAAUGAAGGCUUACUAUAAAAAGACGCACAGCCCUAGUUAGAAGCAAAUAGCAAGAUCCAAAAUGUGUUAUGGAAACGUAGCUCUAGGUGUGGACACUGCCACACCUUUAGUAAAAUUUUGAUGGCUGUAUUGUGUUUGUGUAUAAAUAAACCGAAGUAGACAGGGUGUUCUCUGUUCAGAAAUGACCUCUGUUUAGGUAGGAUUGCUAACUGUUUUGUGCCCAGGCUUGUUUCAAUGACUUCCUGAUUGUUAUCCCUUUUACAGUAACAUGGUUACUGUGGAAACGCUUGCUUUGGAAAAAUAGAAUAUUUGUGAUAACAUAAAAGGUUGGUUUCUCGCUCCCCCCCCCCCAAAUAAUAAUGUUUGAGGGUUGUAAAAGCUGCUGGAGAAUAAGCAUUUCUCAUGGAUGUUUGACAAUAGCUGUUAAUCCUGCAGCUGCAAUUAAGCCCAUAUGUCUUUAUUGCUCUCAAUUCUACUUGCUGCUAACCAGUCUGACCAGACCAGAUACUGUUGGGCUUUCCUGUCCUGCAGCAGUCCUGUAGGGCUUGGGGUCUGUUGCCCAUGAGGUCACUGGAAUUUUUGGAGUCUCAAGUCUCAAAAUAACUUCUGAGCCUAAAUAGCAUCUCAGCCAAAGACAGAAUGAAGGCACGUUCACAAACUGCAAGAUGUCUGCCCUUUACUUCUGUGACUUUUGGGGGAUUACUCUCAUAUACUACAGUGCAUGUUUUGCUAGCACACAUUAGGGUCAUGCGUAAGGUGGAAAGCCAAGUCCAUAGCUGCAGAACACAUGUUCUCUCUUUGUUCUCACACUUGCAGAAGCCUGCAAUUGUUGAAGUAGCUUUAUUCCAAUGGCGAAGGAAGGGGGGAGGGAAAGGGGUCCUUUCGUAUUACAAUAUGUUUUCAGACCCAUGAAGGUUCCGUAUUGCUGGUUUGCCACAGGAGAAGCUGGGAGAGGACAAUUUCAUUAAGUUCACAUACUUAGUUAUCUUAGACUUUGAAAAUGCAAGGGCAGGUGUGUGUGUGUGUGUGUAAAACAAGUAAGAGAACAACAAGCAAGGUUUCUUUCCUCACCAUCUGCCCAGGUAGCAGGAGUGAGGGAAGUCAGUAACAUAAAUACCUAAAACAAUAUAGGUGCUUUCAUUGCUAUUAAAUUCGAGUCCAGCUGAGUUUUUCACGUCAUCUGUGUUAGGUAUUCUGCUUCUAGUGGAGACAGAGGUGCCCACCAUGUGUGGACUCCAGGAGCUGGCAUGCUGGCAUGGUCCUUAAGGACUUUUGCAUAAAACUCUGAAUUCUCUGUGUACAUGAGAGCCAAAAGGAGGAAGAGUCCAGGUAAUUACUUCAUAGCUCUUACCUCGGACUUGUGCAAAUAUGGGUGUGUCUUUUUCUCAUGGAUUUUUUUACUUCUUUAUUGCCUUAUUGGGGCUGACUCUUCAGUAUGAAAUUAUUUUCACAGUAACAAGGGAGUAUGUCAAACCACUGUCAGUAUAUGAUUAGCUGGUGCAUGUUUCUAUAUUUAAAAUUACAGAAAUCUAAAUUAUUGCCAUAAUACUUUCAGAAUUUAGAAAAUAUGUCCCAGAUAUGUCUAAACUUAGUUGUUGUUUUUAAAGUAAAUGCUCUUCCAAGUUUUACAUAUUUGUAUAGCUAAAGGUUUUAUUUCCAUUAUGAUCAAAUUAUUCACUCAUUUGAGUUGGGCUAAAUUCACCAUACAUAAUAAACAUAAAGAGGGCAGUUGUGGAAUGAUUUUACCUAUAACUUGAAAGGAAACAUUAAGAAGCUCUUUCCAGAAAUCUUUAAGACAUAUCUACUAUCUAGGAAUUACAUCCACAUUAUGAGUUCACAUGUCAAAUAUUCACCAGUGCAGUACUUGCCGAAUUCUUAAAAAUUCUAAUUGAAAUAAGUUAACUGUACAGAUUUUUCUUAAAAAGCUUUUCACAGGAGAAUUAUUUAGAACCCUGCUAAAAAACUUGUUUUCAUUAUUUAUUUGAAUAUUGCACAUUUCCCAUGUACUUACUUUCUUAUGCUACUUGGACUUGCAAUCUGCUCUUAGACUUUGUAGCUGGAGGAUAGAAACUAUGUUACAUUAGCCCUUUCCCACAUAUACAGUUGUCUGAUAUGAUUAAUAAACAACAAACAAUACGAUUACAAUGAGAGUUCCCAGAUAUAUAUAUAUAUAUGAACUAGCUUCUUUUUUAUCCCAAAUUUUUACAUGGGGAAAAAAGUGUGUGAUUCAUAGAGGAUGAAGGAGAUAUGCACCCAAAAAUAUUUGUUCCUACCUUGCGAUUUUUUUUACAAAACAGUGCUAUCUCAUAAUUGAGUAAUGUGGCAAAGCAAAUUAUAUCUUCCAUCCUAUCCCACUAUGAUCCUGUUCAGACCAUCAUAUUAUUUGGAUUACUGUAUAGCAAACAAGCUGUAGCAAGCAUCCUCCUCCUUCCCAUGCAAAAGGAGGAGAGUGAAUACUUCUACUUUCACUUUUGACUGAAACACUUUCCACUUUCACAUGAACUGAAGGAGCUAUAGUUACUAGACAGUUAUCAAACCAGGAUAUCAAAUUGUGAUUUAGGUGGUCAUCUGAACCAAGACCAAAAACAAUGGGUUCAUUAUAUUUUGGCUGUGGGUGUUGUAUUCUAAAUUUAUUCAGUUGAAUGUUUUGAAGUUUGUUGUGGACUGUGGACAAAUAUAAGUGUUGGAAAAGGAAGUAGCUACUUUGAAAUCAUCCAAGAAGACUGUAUUACAGUUUCAGACACUCCAGAAAACUGCAAUUGGAAUUGGAAUCUUGAGCAGCUAGUGUUAUUUUCCAUUAUCAUUCUGUGUAAAGAUGUCUCUGAUUUUUGGAUAGGUUUAACAUUUGUGGGUGUGCUAACCAAGGGAUGGAAUGUGGGUGUGAAGUUUAAGGCCAUGAUGUAGUCUGGUUAUAAGUGUAUGGGGGGGGCGGACACAACUGCACAUAUAGCUUUUUUGUGUAUUUCCUCUUCCGCCACUUAUGUUGCUGAACAAGCAAGUUGCUUUUCUGUUCAGAAUAAGGCACGCCAGCUCAAAAGUGCUUGGUUGCUGUGGAGAUGUCAAAUCUUGGGCUGCACAUGCAGCCCCCCCCCGCAACGUUACAUAUAUCUUUGUUGAUUUGCAGCCGAUGAAAUUUUAUCUUAAUAUGCAUGACUAAAUAUGCAGUUUGGGGGGCAAGUGGUAAGUCUUUUCAAUCAGCACAACUGCUAUAUAAAUGGCAUACUUGGUUUCUUCUAAGAUUUUAGCAUAUAAUAUAUUUAUAUCUGUAUUGGUAUCCCUGGGCACCUGUUGCUUUAAAUUAUUACUGAAGUCCUCUUCCCAAGAUAACUUAUGUACCCUUUUUUUUCAGUGUACAGUACAAUACUUUCCAAUUCUUACCUGUUGGUUCUUUAAGUGAAAAUGUGUGUGUUCAUUUGGUUGCUUUUUAUACAGUAAAAUUUGUGGUGUAGUCUGCUUUGACAACGUGGGAGGUAUGAUGUAUACUGAUGCCCAUUUCCUAGGGAAGAGAACGGUGGGAAGGGAGCUGGGUUGGGAUGAGUUUGAUUUCUGUGUGCCUCAUAUGGAAAAUACGUAAACCCUUUUUCUCUUUCUUUCUUUCUUUCUUUCUUUUCAUCACAACUAUGCGGGUGAAUGUUCCUACAAAUCCUUGGUGAAACCUUUAGAAACCUUUGGUAUGCUCAUUCUUUCAUUAGAGCCCAAAGUCAUUGACUGUACUAUAAAAUUAGGAAAAGGAGGACAAUCCAAUUAUAAAACUAAGAUAUUGCUAAAAUGUGCACUUGGGGUGGAAGGCUAGUGGUAGGUCAUCUUCACAUUUGAAAAGUCUUCAUGUAUUUUACACAAUUUUCUUCUUUUCACACACGCAAACUCAUUUAGAUCCCUAAUACUAUGCCACAUUUAACUUUCUUUCACUUGAAUUGGAGUGGAAUUUCAAAGAAGCAAUUUCCUUAAAUUGUGAUGUAGGCCAGGAUGUAAUGAAUUGCACAACUAGUUCAUUAAUCUCCUUUCCCCACCAGUGCCACACUACAAUGUGUCCACUGCAGGUGGAUCUAACCAGGCAAUAAUCUUCCAAAACGUAGGAUGAGGUUACUCCUGUUCUGGCCACCUCAGACCAGGAUUCCCUAACUGUUCUGCCCUGAGAUAAGUAACCCUCACUUAGGAAUACAGAAUUUUUAUAGAAUAGCCUGCUGUGGUUUGGCUAAUAAUAAUGUUCAAAUGCUUAAAAUGUAGAAGUAAUUGACUUUUUAUUUUUGUGCACAUUUUACAUGGGGUGUACCGAAUAUCACCUGAAAUGCAAAAUUAGUACUUUAAGAUAGUCUCUGACUGUGGGCAUCUCUAAUGUGCAAUUUUGUAACCCUAUGUUUUGCCUUUGCUUGCAGUAAUGCUGUGCACUUGAUUCUUCAGCUUGCAAACAGCCUUUAAGCAAAAGUGAUGCAUUCUAUUAAGGAGAACUGUUUGCUCUCCAAAUACCAACAGGGCACUUUUGUUAACUUUACAAUCUGCCGCCAGUUCAUCUAAGAGGGAUCUGCAUCACCUUAAAGCCUGCUCGCGUGCCCAGUGGUGUGGCCUGUUAGAUUUUAAACUAGUUUAAGCAAACUUGUGCUGAAAUUGUAAUUCAUAAGCUUUAGAGAGCUGUUAGAUCUCCUGUAGAAAUCUUGCUUCUUAUUUAGCGUGUGAGUUGAAGAGUUAUGAGUUUUCAUUGGCACUUCGUAAAAUAAUUUCAGAGAGCUUUCGAUACUUUAGUGAAUUGUUCUAAACAUCACAUUUUCGUUUUUGCUUACAGUGAAAGAGUUCCUAGCCAAAGCCAAAGAAGACUUUUUAAGAAAAUGGGAAAGCCCCCCUCAGGUAACAAAACCCAAUUUAGCUAUCAUUUUCUUGCAAUUUAGUCUUUCAUGUUUGGGAAUAUAGGAAGGCACUCUUAUAUGUGAUACAGUUGUGAUAAUUCCUGGGGGAAAAUGAUUAGGUUCUGUGCAGGAAACUUUUAAUGAUUUCUUCAUCCCAUGCACCUGUUUUUGUGUGUACUUAAAAGUGGCAAACAGUUGUUCAGUAGCGAAUGUGGAGAGUGACUGUUUAACCAAAUAAAUGGUCUUCACUGGUUACUUAGUUUCCUCACAGAGACCUUACUAGCUAUGUUUUCAUGUGACAAUAAGCUGGGCUUUUUGAUUCAUCACAAUUUAUGUUAAACACUGGUUGGUUAUUUCCUAACAACAACAAAACAUGGCUUAUGACGUCAGAACAUGGCCACAGGUAACCUAGUGAUGAUAUUUGAGCUUUCUUGUGGAGCUCUGUUUGUUGCAUUGUCAUAGAUGGAACAGGAGGCCUGUUCAGAAAUUGGGCCUAAUACUAAUAAACCCUCUAUCACCAUAGCUCUUAACUUCUGUUCAACUGUAUUGCUUGGACUUCAAUCCAACAUGACUCUUGUCUACCACUUGUUAUAGGCUGCAUGAGAGUUUUUGUGUCUCCUAGAUCCAUCAGCUCUUUGAGAAAAGUUUAAUAUAUUAAAACUCUGUUAACCGUGAUUGGGGAAGUGUCAAGAUGUCUUUCAACUAUAACAGGCUCCAGAUUCUAGCCCCUUAAAUGUCUUAAGUCAAUGGGAGGUAUUUAAUUCUGUGCGAGAAGAAAACAUAUCAGGUCAGAACUGAGGUGGAGGGAAGCCAGCUCAUCUCUGUACACUCCAUUCCUCCCCAGUCAUACUGGAACUGUAGUGUGUACUUGUCCCUAACUCCUGUUCAUGUAAUUCACCAUAUUUUCUUGCCCUCAGAAACAUGGUUGUGACCGAGAAAAAGGCCAAGUUGGUGCAUUUUUUAAAAAUAGUUAAAUACUUAAUUGUGUGCAACCAGCCUCUGCUGCUGCCUAGUAAGAAUUAAUAUUCCUAUUUUGUAAAGGGUAUUUUCCACUUUACAAAAUACAUUGUAUUUUUUCUCCUCUAGUACUAAUACUGUUAACAAAAAAUAUGGUGAAUUACAUGAAAUCCAGCCAGUAGCUAUUUCACAUUUUCCAUUUAUGAUUACUACAGAAUAUGGUUGACAUCCUUCUUGAUGAAUUAACACACUUUGUGUCCAGAGGGUGGUUUGCACAAUGAUCUUUCUUGUCUCCUCCUGUAGCCUCCUUCCACUGGGGGGGCUACAGGGCUUCCUGACUUUUUGGAUAAUAUUUCUCAAGAAGGGAGAAAGGAGCUAUAGGAGAGAGAUGGAGAACAGAAAGAUCAUAUGACCUUUUAUGGCUGCUGUUAUAUUUAUAAUUGAAGUUACAAAAACGUUUAUCUUUUUAUACUUGGAAUAUCUCAGUAUCUUGUUUUGUGUUCAUGUAGAAUACUGCUGGUUUAUUAUUUUUUUAAUUCUUUUUAUUGAUUUUCGUUUAAAUAACCAAAAGAAAACAAAUCAACAAUAUCAAAAAACAUCCAUACACAACAUAAAAGUAAAAUAAAUUUUCAUUACAAUUCUUGGUCUCCGUCUUUAAAUCUUUCCUCUAAAUCUUGACCUCCUUCCCUCCCGAUUUCGGGCUUCUUAAUAAAACUUCUUUCUCUUUUCUGCAGCUUCAUUGUUAAUGGUUUGCGCAUCGUAAGAUUUAUAUCAAACCUGUUGUGGUUUUUAAGUUUCUAUAAUUUCUUUCAAUGUAUACUAUAAAUUUAUUCCAGAAUACUGCUGGUUUAGAUGACUUUGAGAGGCUAAAAACACUUGGAACCGGAUCAUUUGGCAGAGUCAUGCUGGUGAAACACAAAUCCACAGAGCAGUAUUAUGCCAUGAAGAUACUGGAUAAACAAAAAGUUGGUAUAUUUUUUAUUAUAAUAAUCUACUGUGUUUGUUGAACACUAAUAUUUGUGUUCUGUUUCAUUAGGGUGGAGUACUUGCAACAUGUAUUAAUACUGUUGUGUGCUAGUUAUGACCCUGGUGAAAAAAGAGGUAGAUUGCUGCUCAAGAGUUUUCCUGAAGUUUGCCUUACAGAAGUAAUAGUCAUUUACUGACAGUGGAAGCCAAUUUGGGCACUUUACCUUUUUGUUUUGUUUUGAAAUACUUAAUGGAUAUUAUGAUUGCAAAUUGCCUGUAAAGUUUUUUAUUGGCAAUUAAUUUUAAAGAACACUAUUUCUAAGUUAAGAUUUUUGCGCUCAAAGUGGAUACUAAACGUGAUACAAAAAUAGAAUGCAGUAUUUUAGUGUCCUUAAUCUUAGCAUGCAUAUCCUGUUAUGCAUAUGAUUCUUUUGCUCAUGCAGAUUACUGAAUUUCAACUGGAUAUAUUCUACUAUCUUUAGUACUCUCACAGUAAAUAGCUUGAUCCUUCAUUUUCUCCCAGGAAUAAAGAUUAUGCAAAUGUAUAUAUUUUCUACCUUUCUGUCUGUAAUAUUGGGCAGUGAAGUCGUCUUCCUACUUACUAAAUAUGAAGGGGAUAUAUAUAUAUAGAUAUAUAUAUAUAUAUAUAUAUAUAUAUAUAUAUAUAUUCUUGCUUUUUGCUGCGUAAUAUUUGCAUGGACCUACCUAAAAUCUUUUAAAAGAAGUAAGCAAUUCUCUUCAAUGAGCAUUGGAAAAUAGCUGGCUGAUACAGCGUGAUCCACUUUUUAAGCUAGCCAUUGCUAACUCAUUUGACCACAUUGAUAGCUUACGUUCUAUUCACAAGCAUCUUGCAUUUCUCCAGUUAUCUUGUAUCAGGGAGCAGUACUAGAUAAGAAGGGAGUAUUUUUAGUUUGGUGUUUUAAUAUAGUCUAGCAGCUGCAAAUUUGGAAGGGAGUUGGCAUGUGGCAAAUCAACACCCCACAGGCUAGUUUCAAUAAUAUAGACAGACAUUAAUACACAAAUUAUGAAUACCAGCAUGAAAUCUCAAGCAAUGUACAUGUUUUCCGUACCAGAUUGUUAUUUUUAUUGUACUUUUAUGAUUCAAAAAUAGACCCAUCUGUUUUGAGUUUCAUUUUGCCCAAAGUUAAGAACUGGGUUCUCAAAAUUAAAAACCUCAGCUAACAUUCACAUUUCCAUAUGCAGUGGAAUAAUUAUUCAUCAGAGCUAUACUUUUGUAAUCCAUGUUGCAGGCAGCUUGCCCAGACUUUGGGGAGAUCCAGGUCCUUUCAGACAUUUUGGGUGUCCAUUUGGGCUUACAGUAGUGGUUUUCAACCAGGAUGCCAUGGCACCCUGGGGUGCCUUGAAUGAUGGUCAAGGGAGCCGUAGUCAACAAUGGCUCCUGUCCCUCUUUCCUUCCCUCCCUCCUCUGAUGUCCUUUUGGGUGUCUGCCUCCCAAAGGUUUGCACAGCUGUUUGUUGCAGCAGCCCUGGCUACAAGCUCCCCAGGUGAAUGGUGCCUCAGGAGCUGGCUAGGGGGUGCUUCCCAGGCCCCCAUGGGGCAAUGUAAGGAGGUACCUCUCUUUGAGGAUGUGGGGGUGGGGCAGCUCAGAGACUAGGGACGGAAGCUGCAGCUGCCCAGAGGACUCCCAAGGAGACGGGAGAGGAGGCUGUGGGAACAAUCCACAAGGGAGGGUGUUUGAAAAAGGGUGACAGGCUGCUGGUUCUGCAGGCAAGAACCCCUCGGGGUGCCGCAGAAAGAAUGUAGUUGGUCAAGGGAGCCGUGGACUCAAAAAGCAUGAAAACCUUUGGCUUACAGUGAUUUCAGAUCAUUGCCCAAACCUCUCCACUUCUAACAGUGGCAUGUGUAGAGUGAAUGCACAACUGUGUGUGUCCCAUGUUCUUCUGCUAAGGCGCCUGAUAACAGUAGAGCCUUGCUGGUAUCUCCUGUGCUAUGCUUGCCUCUCCUCCUUUCCCCCAUGGCCCCUCCUCUUUUCCAUUGCUGCCUGCUUGCCAUGGAUCAAGUUAAUCUUUAAUUGGAAAGCGAUCUUAUGUGCAAGCAAGUCAUGUCCUUGCUUUUUCAGGCACAGUCCUCUUGAGCCCCUUGCCGGUGGUUAAUAUUAGUGCCGAGUAACACACAGUGUUUACGGUCUGCACUAAGCUCCAUCGCCACCACCCGUCACUUUUCCUUUCGCCCCCAAGGAGCUGCAAAAUGCUCCUUGUGAAGCAGGGAAACUGCUGCACUUGUGGAAGCUGCCUGGGCAUUUUAGAAUCCUGGUUUCCUAUGGAAGAUUGCCCUCUAGCUUGCAGAUGGCAUUCCGAAUGGUGACAAGAGGCUGUUAUCCCACACCUACUCCUUGCAUAUUGACAUUGAUUUUGAACAGCUGGAGAAGGAAGGCUAAGUAAGGGGGGGAAUGAGGCGGCCUGUGAGCCCUUUCUCCACACAGUUGUGACACUUCUCACUACGUCCUUGCUUCCCGUCCUUUGCUGCAGUUUACAGAUCUGUCAUGAAAAUUACUAUGCGCCAGUUUGCCACAAGUUUGAAUUUCUAUCAGUUAUCUUAUGCACACGUAAGACUUUGCUCCAGGACCAUCAUUUGUAGCCAUGCAUGUGCAAGAAAAUGGUUCCCAAAAUUUAUAGACGUUGGACAUUAUUCAGUAACAUGCAGAGAGGUGACAUCUGAUUAUAUAAAAGCUUUCAUUAGACUGUUUGUGUUAGGGCUUGGCUUGGAUGUUCUCCGAGCCUGUGGCAGCUGCUUAUCCAUGGGGAGAUCUUGUACAUCUGCAAGGAAAAAAGGCAUUCCUUUGGAAAGACACUGAUCAGGCGCUAGCCACAUAGCCAUUUCAAGCAGCUGCAUGGGAACUGCUUGCUCAGCUGGAAAACAUCUAAAGGGUGCUGUGGCUUCUGAAGUUUUUAAGCAAUUGUAUUCUUCAUAUGGGAUGCGGGUGGCGCUGUGGGUAAAACCUCAGUGCCUAGGACUUGCUGAUCGUAAGGUCGGUGGUUCGAAUCCCCGCGGCGGGGUGAGCUCCCGUCGUUCGGUCCCAGCUCCUGCCCACCUAGCAGUUCGAAAGCACCCCUAAGUGCAAGUAGAUAAAUAGGUACCGCUUUAUAGCGGGAAGGUAAACGGCGUUUCCGUGUGCGGCGCUGGUGCAGGCUCGCCAGAGCAGCUUCGUCACGCUGGCCACGUAACCCGGAAGUGUCUUCGGACAGCGCUGGCCCCCGGCCUCUUGAGCGAGAUGAGCGCGCAACCCUAGAGUCGGUCACGACUGGCCCAUACGGGCAGGGGUACCUUUACCUUUAUUCUUCGUCAGUUAGUUAUUCUGCUACCCGUAGUAACGUGUAAGAGAGUGAGUCUCCUUUUCCUGGUUCCUGGGGAAAUGUUUGAACUUCCUGACAUCUCGCCAGUUGCCAGUUUGCUGCUUUCACUCUCUCCUUUUGUAGCUCUCAAAAUGCAUUCAGAAUAGGGAAGUAAGGAAAUUAUAGUGGUCUGUGGCUGUUAAGAACAGGUGGAAUAUUGGGUAUUAGCAGACUUCUGACAGGCUCUGUUGAGCACAAGCAUUAUUAUUAUUUUUUUAAAAAAACUAGCUUACUAUGCAAACAGACAAAAGUAGGAGAGCUACUUUUUUUGUUUUGCAGUGAUUAAGCAGUUUUCACAGAAGGAAAUCAUGCCUAGUCAGGAAGGAAGCUACAGAGUAUAUGAGAACGCUUCUAAGCAGCAAACAUUUUUAACAGGCUAUAUGAAAGUAAAAAAAAAAUGGACCCCCAGAUAUCUGUGUGUAGAUAAGCUUUAUGCCCUGAAAACCCCACUUUGUGUGCCAAGUGAACUGAGCUUCUAGACUCUUGUAGUAUUUGAACUGCAUGUGCACACAGACCAUAUUUGUUAGAAUUCCUCUUAAUACUCCUUUGACAGUGUCAGUAGAAAGGCCAGAGUUGAAAAAGGUAUAGUGUGCCAUGCCAUUCUUCUUCAGAUGUAGCAUCUUCUAAAAGGUAAAAGAGGAUAACUGCCUUGCUACCUAAAUUUGCUGUAUUAAAGUGGGUGUAGCAAUCCGUGCUUUGAGAGCUAUAUGUAGCACUCGCCACCAUCUUUUAGAAGCGCUGUUCUUAAGUUAUUAUUUUUUCCUCUUUCCACUAAGAAGACCUUGACUUGUUUGAAUUCUCUUAAUGUUUAGACUCAAGCGUUUAAUAAAAAAUGUUUUGUUCCUAGGUGGUUAAGCUGAAGCAAAUAGAACACACACUUAAUGAAAAGAGAAUAUUACAAGCAGUGAACUUCCCUUUCCUUGUAAGACUGGAGUAUUCUUUUAAGGUAAAUACCAAGCGAGAAGGUAACUGUUAUUACAUUUUUCUUGUACAGCUUUCUGUCUUUUUAGAGUCUAGUGAUUCCUGACCCACAGGUCAAAACAAAGGUGAUUUUAGACUCUCCAACUGUAAAAAAUAAAAUAAAAAUGAAGCUAAAUGCUUGGCCGUCAUCCUGAUCACAGUCUGAUCAAAAGGAGAUAAGCAUGCAGCUCCAUGAUAAGCUUUAAGGACUUGAAGGAGUGAUCCCAACAAAGCAAAAAGCCCAAAGCAAAAUUUUCAAAUCGCCUCAUCGCCCUGGGUUUGUUUAAGUUGCCAAGCCCCCCCCCCCCAAGCAACUUGCUGUACUGACCUUUAGGGAGCCUCUUAAACACUGAGAAAAAUUGAAAAAGUAUGGUCAGUUUGAAUUCAUGGACUACUUGAAUGUUUCCUGUCUUACUUUAUGUUCAGUCUUCAAUAAUAAAAGUACUUAAAAUGUAUUAUUAGUAUUAUUUUAUGUUUGCUUGUUAGAAAAAAAAUGCAAUUUACUUGGGUUGUCCUAAGUACCCCAGGUUUACAACUGAACAUACUUCACUUUCCCCUAGGACAAUUCUAAUUUAUACAUGGUUAUGGAAUAUGUUCCUGGGGGUGAAAUGUUCUCACAUCUAAGAAGAAUUGGAAGAUUCAGGUAAGAUAAUAAAUGAAUUAUAAUUUAUGAAAAAUGAUGUGAGGAAGGGAAUGAGAAAGAGGUGAUAGCUCUUAGCUUUCAGAUGUUUAGGAAAUAUUUGCAAGGGGAUCCUUACUUUAUUCUUAUCCAUUAUGAACAUUAAGGCUUUCAGAAGUGCCUUUGAAAAACAGUUUCUUCUUCAAAUAGGUAGUAGAGAAUGAUAGAGAAGGACAUAGCAAUAAUAUUAGGUUGUGCAGUCCCUUUAUUAGAUAAAAAUAGACAUUUCAUUAUUUAAAAUUAAAUUAUCUUUUAAAAAAUAAUCUGCUUGUACAACAAGACAUCCUUUUCUUCUCCUUUCCCUUUGUACACCCAAAAUUUGCUCCAAAGGGUCCCCCAACCCUGUGGAGCAACUUUUAAAGGCGCGCAGGGGGCUGGAGAUGAGAGCAGAGUUCCAUUGGGCAAGUGGGAGUCUCUUGCUUAAGUGGAACAGCAGUGUUGGAUACAACCUGUUUGUAGUUUUCUUUAUUUCCUUAGAGUUCAAACAUUUCUGUUAUCAAAUAUGAGUAUGCUAUGUCUGCAAAUGUUGACCGUGGUUUAAUAGCCUGAUUAUUUUCAUUUGUUUACAGUGAACCACAUGCACGAUUUUAUGCAGCUCAGAUAGUGCUAACAUUUGAGUACCUCCAUUCACUAGACCUCAUCUACAGAGAUCUGAAACCCGAAAAUCUUUUAAUUGACCAGCAAGGAUAUAUCCAGGUAUGAUGAAGACCAACGUUUUCAAGCUCAGCUUCAUUCCAUAGCAAGAAGUACAGAACGCUUAAAUGUUUGCAUUGUAAGGAAACGGGUGGUGAUAAAUUAAAUACCUUGAUUGGUUGGUUUUGCAGGUUAUCAACUAAAGGAAAUUCUGAAACUUGAUCCAAGAUGUAUCAUAUCUGCAAGUGAUACUAACGAAAUGCUUAAUGUUAAUUGAGAAAAACUUUUAAUGAAUAUUGCCUAAUGUUACAUAUAGCAUGUCUAAAGCUUGUGCUUCCUGGUAAUUCUUCUUUUGGCAUUUUGUAUAGCUUUGAAUCAAAAGCAAAACAUAUGUCAUGCCUUGAUUUGAAAGUAUCUGCAUUUUGAAUCAACCAUAGGACAUGGAACCACUUCUGUGGUUGAAUGCUUUUGAAAGCUAUAUGUAACGUUCAGGUUAUUACUAAGAAAAAACUAAAGCUUGGAUAAUGUGAUAACUCUUUUUUUCUGUGCUACUAGGUCACAGAUUUUGGGUUUGCAAAAAGAGUAAAAGGCAGAACCUGGACGUUAUGUGGGACUCCAGAAUACUUGGCGCCAGAAAUAAUUCUCAGCAAGGUAUUUCAUAAUGCUUCACGGUGUUAACUAGUUAAAAGAGGAAGACGACAGUCUUAAACAGGCACAUUUGGAAGAAGUUUUAACUGAAUUUGAAUGGAGCUUAACUUCCAAGUCAGUAUGGCGAUAGGAUUUGUCAGAGAUAUUGAUUCUUGUGGAAUCUAUCUUAGUAAGUUGAGGAGGCUGUUAAAGGCUAUUAUUUACUAAGAUUAACACAUUGAAUUUGACCCUAUUAACAAAUUGGCAGCCUGUGCAGGUCUCUCUGCACAGGUUUAAUAUAUUGGCAGGGCCUUAUCUCUGUGAGCAAUUGUGCCGCAGCAUUCUGCACAAACUAGUUUUUAGACCCCAAAGCAAGGUAAGCCCCACAUCAUAAAGGUAAAGGGACCCCUGACCAUUAGGUCCAGUGGUGGCAGACUCUGGGGUUGCGGCGCUCAUCUCACGUUAUUGGCCGAGGGAGCCGGCGUACAGCUUCCGGGUCAUGUGGGCAGCAUGACUAAGCCGCUUCUAGUGAACCAGAGCAACAAACGGAAACGCCGUUUACCUUCCUGCCAGAGCAGUACCUAUUUAUGUACAGUACGUGCACUUUGACGUGCUUUUGAACUGCUAGGUUGGCAGGAGCAGGGACCGAGCAAUGGGAGCUCACCCCGUCACGGGGAUUUGAACCGCCGACCUUCUGAUCGGCAAGCCCUAGGCUCUGUGGUUUAACCCACAGCGCCACCCGCGUCCCUAAAAGCCCCACAUCAUACAUUGCAGUAAUCCAACCCUGAAGAUAUUAGUGCCUGGAUUACUGUGAUCAAGCUGUCCUGGUCCAGGAAUCACUGCAGCUGUUGGAUGAGCUGAAGCUGGUAAAAGUUUUAGAAUACCACCUAAAACUUAAGUGCGUUUAUAUUAGUAUAUUAUAUUUGGUUGGAUAUCACUAACUACUACAUUUUUGUUUUGCCAGGGCUACAACAAAGCAGUGGAUUGGUGGGCCUUAGGAGUUUUAAUUUAUGAAAUGGCAGCUGGAUAUCCUCCGUUCUUUGCAGAUCAACCAAUCCAGAUUUAUGAAAAAAUUGUUUCUGGAAAGGUAAGCAAGGGCUGCUGGAAUCUUGCAAAUGAUCCGUGUUAUGUCCAUUAGCUUUUCUGUUAUUUGUGUGUUCUUAUUUUAAUUUUCAUGAACAGGAUUGCUCAUGUUUCUGUUUACAAGGCGUUUUUCCUGCUUCGAGAAGCUUUUGCAUUGUUUUGGUUACUUCAAUAUUUGUUUUGUAACAAAGAGAUAGGGAGGAGAGGAGAGCAGUCAAGGAAGAAACACUGGACACUGUGUGAAUAACCUAUCUUUAUUUUUUCCUUAAUCAUUUUGCAUUUUUGUGUGCAUGUGAAUUGAAUUGGGAAGCAAAGUGGUGGAUGUCUUGCAACAAACUAUUAACUGCACUCACUUAUUAAAAUCUGCAGCAGCUGCUGGGUGGAACAGGGCAUGUUGGUCUAAACCGCAGGCAAUUCCAGAGUAUUUCCAGAAAAAAAUCUCUGGAUCCACCAAAGUUCUAAGUUUAGAAUACUUUGAAUGCAGAAAAGAAGAAAAUGUUUUUUGCUCUUAUUGCAGUCUUUCUUUUUUUGUAUGUGAGUGAAUUUCUAAAAUGAAAAGUUUGGGCUCUUUGCCUAUCUGGAUAUGACUCCCCAUCCUUCCCUAAACCUGGAAGAUCUCAUCCCUAAUCUCAGACAUAAGAGGCUGAUCAUAGUCGCUCUGGUGUUAUGUACUCUGCACAUGAGCAGAAAUUAUUACUUCAGGAUGGAGUCACGCACUGCAAAUAUGUACUGCUGUGCUCUGAUGUGCCCUGGAUCAAAUUCAGUAUUAUUAUUAUUAUUAUUAUUAUUAUUAUUUAGUGGUUGGAAUAUUUUGUUCUUUUAAUUAGAAGAAAAAAGAGUUUUGGAUAAUGAAAAGUUAGAUCGUUUAUAUAUGGCUUGCACCAGGUGCAUUUGUGGUUAGUUAACAGCACUACUGGUUUGUAAUCUACAGCUGGGAUGCCCCGUUAUUCAACCCCACAAUUGAAUUCCCCUCUCCACAACCACUGGCAUCUAGAUUCCUUGUGAACCCACCAAAAAUGAAAUCAAAAACAGAAAUGUGGUCUUAAACACUUUCAAGUGCUCCUUGCCAAGCCCCCCUGACUAGUCAACGUAAGGCAAAAUAGCAGAAUGAGCUUCAGAAACAAGGGAAUGAGAAAAGGAAAUGAGUUUUAACUAAAGUUAAAGCAGGAGAGAGAGAGAGAGCGCAGCCAGCAGGAGCGGAUUUGUCGUUGUGCAAGCGGUGUGCAUGCACUGAGCACCGAGUGAAGGAGGCACAAUCUCAGAACACAGUAAGCAAGGCUCUGGGCUUUGGGAAGGAGGCAUUAAGGGCACUGACAAGGUCCUAGAGCCUUCCCACCUCCUUUCCAAAGCCUAGGGAGUGUGUUUCCAGCUUUGGGAAGGAGGUAGGGCAGCUCUAGGACCCUGCCAGAGCCCUCGCGCCUUCUUCCCAAAGGUGAGUGCCUCCUUACCUGCCUUUGGGAAGGCAGUGUGAGGGCAGGGCGGCAUUGGCCUUGCACAGGGCACCAUGGUACCCAAGUCCACCACUGCAGCCAGUUCUUGUAACUUUUCACAGCCAUAGAAGGGGAAGAGGAGUGGCAACAAGUAUUGUCUGUGGUUUCUCAUGAUUCUUUAUUUUGAGUAAAAACAGAGGAUUUGUGGUGUUCAAUUAUUUUCUAAUACUUAAUAAUAAAUAAUAAUAAUAAUAAUAGUGGCUUAUACAUGAUACAGGAGCUGGCUGCUGCAGCACAUGGCUGACUGCUGUUGAAGACAGCAAUCCCACAUCUCUCUCAUCCUGUAAAUCAUAUGAUAGGAUCAUGUUUAAACUUUUCCCACCCCCCCCCGCCUCUGCUCAUUGGCUGCCAAAUUCCUCAUCCCUACAAUUAACAUUACACUAGUUGUUCUGUAUGCUAAUUGCGACUGCAGAAGAGAGGAGAAUGAGGCAUGAUCUGGUGCUUCAAGCAACAGCCAGGCAUAUAUAUUAAUGUAUAGCUCCAAUGCAAUUUUGUAUUUAGGUUUGGUCUUCUUUAUACUACCAAAACAUAAUUCAUAAUCUUGUUUCUCCUUUUCUUUCCAGAAGAAGAAGGGAAAAGAGGUGUCUAUAUAGCAAUAUUAAAUAUAUAUCUGGUGUGUUUUGUAGGUACGAUUCCCAUCACACUUCAGUUCAGACCUUAAGGAUCUACUAAGAAAUUUACUCCAGGUAGAUUUGACCAAACGAUACGGAAAUCUCAAGAAUGGGGUGAAUGAUAUUAAAAACCACAAAUGGUUUGCCACUACAGAUUGGAUUGCCAUUUAUCAAAGAAAGGUAAUCAUUCUUUCUCUUAGGAUAAAUUCUGUAUUAGUGCACGCAGACAAAAAGUUCCUGAUCCACUGUUUGAGGCUAGCGCAUGGGGUGGCUUUAUAUUUUUUAAAUGAAAGACUUUUUGGAUGUACAGUCCUGGGUAAUGGAAAGUAUUCCUCAAAGAAAAACGUUUUUUUGAAACCUUACUGUUCUGUGUGCUGGUUUCUGAAUUGUUCCCCUUUUUUGUCUUCAGAGUGUCUCCUUUGCCUUUUCUUCUCUUCCUGUCUAAACAUUUGAACUCUCUAGCUGCCUAUUCUUGGUAGACAAACUUGAUUUUCAGCACAGAUGUAUAUAACUAUUCUCUCUCUCUCUUGGUGAUCAUUCGCGGCCGAGUAAGAUUGUUCUCCAUGUCUUAGUGGUGUGUCCAUAAAUGACUGUGCAGGCCAGUUCUGGAUCCGCACAUCCUUCCACAGUGGGUACAUAGUUUUCUAAGCAGGAGUUGAUCACAAUGAGGAUUUGCCAGACAUGCCUUCCUCUUUACUCAUUUCUCCCUUUUGUUAUGAAUCGGCACUUCUUCAAAAUCCAUGAUGCCAGAGGCUAUUCUCCAAUUGGAGCACUCACAAGCCAGGGUUUCCCAAUUGUCGGUGCUUAUAAUACAUUUGUUUUUAGAUUUGCUUUGGGAGCAUCUUUUAACCUCUUUUGUUGUCCACCAGUAUUGUGCUUUCCAUUCUUAAGUUGAGAAUAGAGUAUCUGCUUUGGAAAACGAUAAUCAGACAUCUGAACAACGUGGCCAGUCCAAUUUGACUGGACUUAACCAUCCAGGGGUCCUUUACCUUACCUUUAACUAUUAUAAUUAUUAUCAUCACCAUUGCUGAGAUACAGUUCCAAGUAAGUGACCACAGUGUAAUUUUCCGUGCACAAAGAAGAGCAACCAAGCAAGAAAUGUGUAUAGGCAUGUUCCUAAACUGUUGCUAACUCCCACUGAAGCCCUUGUAAGACACCCAUCUGUAUUUUCUGUGAUUAAUGAUGCCUAAAAAUUAUGAUCCCUAACUUCUUCAACUUUUACCAUGACACUUAAGUGUAAUUGCCUCAAAAAUUUGAACAUUUAUAUUUUAAUACGUUUCUGCUUGGGACUCAGUCAGUCCUUUGUGGUACUAUGAUGUGUUCUCUUUAUUUAAAAAAGUCUGUUUUGGAGUAAUGGAGGCAUAUUCCCUUACAAAAACAUUUUAAAAAGCCAGAUCUGAAACCCAGCAAUACUUUAUAAAAAGAAACUAGCUGUUUAGCUACGCAAUGUGACAGUACAGUAGUAGUUAAUAAUCAGUAAAGUAUUAAUUAUCACAAGACAGGACGUGAUUAACACCUCAGCAUAGUCUUUUAUUUUGAAGCAAGACCUCUUCAGCAAAUGUUCGCCGCAGAAUGGUAAUCUUCUCAUCUGCACUCUAAAAUAUACCAUUUAGCAUGCAGUUUGUGUGAAGUGAGAUUUUCUGCCUUUUUGUAAUUCUUCACUUCUAAAUAAAUAUUUCAGUUUUUAUUGGAGGUGUUCUAAUUCUUCACUAUUCUGCUCUAUGCUCUUAUUUAAAAUUUCUUGGAGUGAUGAUAAUGAAUAAUAGCUUAUUUUCUUCAAGAUCAGUUGGAUUUUAUGUAUGUUGGUACAGUAUUUGGGGAGGACUGAUAGGGCCCACCAAGCCCUUUUUACAGCAGCCCACAAAGCAGAGGCUAUUGGGUUUCCCCACCUUUCUGAUUUUUAGGAUACAGGAAGCGUUUGAACCACAGUGUGGCUGCGUUCAGACUUAAUACUAAAGCACAAAUUAGCAUUAUGAGGUUGCCCUUUCUCCCUUUCUCUUCCAGAGGAGAUAGGUUACCACACCACAGAUUAGGUCGAAAGCCUAAACUGUGGUUUCAACAAACCAUAGUUAAGAUUAACUUCAGUUUGUGCAGGUUUGGAUGUCAUGACAAGCUGGAAUUAAUCUAAAAGGAAAGAAAAAGCUUCUGAACUCCUUGUGCCGGCAUACAUGAGGGGAGGCAUACAUGAGCCAAAGGCUCACUUACGCUUGUCCUUACAACACUAGACCAUCAUUAGCAUUACAUGUGAACAGGGUCUAUGUGCAGCAACACUUACGUGGUCAGCCUCUUAACAAUAUCAUAUCUCUCCUGAAUGCAUCCAUUCCAUAAUAGAAUAUUUAACCUUUUUAGAUUCAUGCUUGGAAUAUAUAAGUGAAUUAUUAUUGUUGUUAUUAAUAUCAGCAUUAUCACUGUUAUUCUCUGUCUUUUGUUGUCUUAUUUUUACUGGUUAAUUCUUUCAGAUUGGCAAAUGCAAUAAUCUGUGCUUUUAUUUCCCCAUGCAGGUAGAAGCUCCAUUCAUACCAAAAUGUAGAGGCCCUGGAGAUACCAGCAACUUUGAUGACUAUGAAGAAGAAGAUAUCCGUGUGUCUCUAACAGAGAAAUGUGCAAAGGAAUUUGCUGAUUUUUAGUACUUGCUGGAUGAUCAGAGGACAUCAGGGCUUACAUUGGGAUCUUUGCACUCUGUUAACUCAUGAGGGUGGAGCGGAGACCAUCAUAUGUCAAAACAAUUACCUAGUUACUUCAUUCCACAAAGUUGACUGAGGUCUUUAUUGCCAUCUUCCAUGUGUGCAGUUUGCACCAACCCAUAUAACUAGGCACAAUUAAGCAAAGCACUGUUUGUGCUGUAACACAGAAUAUAGACCACUUUUUCCUAAUUACCUUUUUGGUUUCUGUCGUUUUCCUUUGGUUUCUGUGUAUUGUUCAUUUCCUCUUCCUCUUCCUCUUUCUCCCUCUUUCCCUCUCCUUUUAAAAUGAAGUAGCCUUUUACCCAACAACGCUCCGUUUUAUUUUGAAUAAUGCAUUUGUGCGAAUGAAACUGAAGGUGUUUCUGGCUAGUGUGACUUAGACCGAAGUGAAAGAUAAGUGUUGCUUCUAGUCUGUGCCAGCCAAUCCUUCCGUAUCUGUCUUUGUGUCUGAGGCUACAGUUCAUAGGUUUGUAUCUCCCCCCCCCCCCCCAAGUAGCUCAGACUAAAUCUAGCCAACACCACUAGCAUUUUUGAAGAUAGUAUUUAUCGCCAUACAAGUGUAUGCUAAUUGACUUAAAACACAUCUUCCUGGAGACUGACCAAAUUUAGUAUCAAAAUUGGACAGUUUGCGUAGGGUUCAGUAGCUAGACCCCGUGCCUUGGUUUUCUACAUGCUGGCAGUCCUUCUCCCUGCCUCAUUUUCCCCCGCCUUUCCUAGGCAGUAGGUAAAUAUGCCAUAAGCAUACUGUGCCAUGAGAAGCACAGUCUCAAUAAGCAGGAACAAUUCCAUCCAGCCUGGGCUUUGGACCAUAUUUAACCAUGCUUAAGUAGCUAUUUAAAUGGGGUUUUGUUUUAACACCUUAAAACCCCAAAUAUUUAAAAGAUUUGGUCAGUAUUGUCAGAGACUUAAGACUGAUUUUUUUUUUUUUUUUAAGUAAUGUCAAGGUUGGGGCUCCUGAAGUAUUUCACAUUUCAACCCUUUUUUAUCAAAGGGGGGGAAAGCAUUUUUUUUUUUAAAGAAAAAGAAAAAAAACCUCUUUAGGUUAUGAGAAUGAAUGGUUUAGCGAAUUGAAAAAUUAGUGUUACAAUAUUGAUGCGUUGCUAGAUAAACCUGGUAUUUCUGUUAGCUGUGAAGAAUAAAAGAAGUAAAUGCCAAGUUUUUAUUCUGGUAUACUAUAUUAGUAAAUCACGGGUGGAGUGCUGCUCCAAUCAUGGUUCCUACCAGCGGCUCUUCAUUCGCAUGGAAAAGAGGCAAAAAAGUUUUCAAAGUGCCACCAUCUGUGAUGUGGUGUCUUCAUUUCUAACAUCCUUUUUUUCUUUCAGUGAAAUGGAAUGUACGGUCACACGGAGAAUUGUUUGAGUUGCGUUAAGUUUUUAUAAUCUCACCAACUGACUUAAAAAAGGGUAUUGCCGCCAUGUGCUAGCUCCCAGCACUUUUACACGCACUUGUUUCAGUGUUUGUUAAUAAUCAGUGGCUCAGCACAACCUUCUUUGUGCUUUUAAAUUUGUCCAUAUACAACUUUUUAAGUCAGGCGCUCAAUGUCUCGGUGGCCUGUCCGAAGAUGAUGGCACAUCAGUUAUGUUUAAAAUAAACUUAGGCUCAUGUUUUAUGAUCAAUUUACAUGCAUACGAGGAUGAAGUGUUUUUAUUAAACUGAUCUAGAUUGCUUACGUAGUCACGGUGUUCUGUAGAAUGCCAGGGCAGAUGAGACCAUUGGCAUUGCUUCCUUUUAAUCUUUAUGACACUCCUUUAAGAAAAUAAAAGUCUCCAUAGACAUUUUUGCGAAAUAAAAUGUACCAUGCAACGUUAUGUACGUCUCUUUAAGUUGUCAAGCAGUUUUGCACAUAUUCAUCGUUAGGAGUCUGUUUGCCAUCUUUGUCCACCCCCCACCCAACCCCCCAUCUACGUAUGUGCAAGACAAGGAUACGAUACUUUGCGGUAGCAAAUUUUAUGUAAUAACUAUAUUGUCACAUUAAUAAAUUAAAAGAAAUUAUUUGUAUGAAAAAACAAUCUUUUGUAUUUCAUCUAGGCUGAGGACAUGCUGUUGUAUGCUAGCUGUAUGCGAUAAAUUCUACAGUGACUUUGUUGUUUAUGGACUUUGAAAAUUUUAAUAAAUGCUGGAGAUCACCUUUUCAAUUCUGUUGUGAAUUUUAGCCAGUAGCAUAAUCGGAUAACACACGAGACACGUGUCUUCUCUAACAUAGGUAGCGAGACUUCACUCUGGCUGUCUCUUAAGGAAUGCAAGGGACCGAUUCCAGCAUGUCCAAAAAAUCAACUCUAGGUGGACAUAUUUUUGAAGUACCCUCUUAAUUUCUUUGAUUUAAGCUUAUUUAACUAUUUAACAUGUGUCAGAAACAAACAGUAAAAAUAAAUCCUAAAGCAGAAUAAUAGACUGGAAAUAAAAGGGGUUAGGACAAAAGAUAAGGAGGAGGUCCUUUACAAAGAGUACAAACUUGGCAAUAUGUUACAUGGCCCUGUCAUUUUAAAAAACACAAAAUGAGAGCCACAAGAUCAUGAUGCCUGUAUUUAAUUUCAAAAAUCCUUUCCAUCACUCAAAUGCUGUAUAUUUGACAGUAGAGAUUUGUUAAUUUUACACAAUUUGAGGAAUUUAAGUGUUGGACUGUAUGGUAUCUUUUAACUGUACUCUAGUUGUAUGUAACUCUCAUUUUCAACAUAAAGGAUUGUAUCUCAUUAAGUAAAUUGCUUCUUUUAUUUUCUUGUCAGCUGCAUUAAAACCCUUAUUUUUAAAUCCUGUAAGUAUUUUAUUGAUUUCUUUGCAAAUAGUUUGCUACAAUAGUGUGCAAUACAGUAAAAGUUUAUAUACAAAACUGCAAAUUAAAUUAUGUACAACACUGCA